AUGAGGCGGAAAGAGAAGAGGCUGCUGCAGUUCGCCGGGCUGCUCAUAGCGGCUCUUCUCUUCCUCCCGAACGUCGGAUUGUGGUCUUUGUACCGGGACCGGGUGUUUGACAACUCGCCCGAAUCAGUGGACGGUCCGGGCGGCAUCCCUCAGAUACAGGUAGGGGGCUCGGGGAAGGGUGGUUCCGGUUGUGGGUUUCUGUGCGGUCCGGUUGUGACCGGAUCGUCAGAGACCCGUUAAUGUUGAGUUUUGUCCGCCUGUUAGGCUGCGUAGUUCUCAUCCGCCUCAAACGUUUACUCACAAAACCGCCAACCUUUACAUUCCCGUACUGUGUGAGUGUGUGUGUGUGUGUGUCUGUGAGACUGUGUGUGUGUCUGUGUCUCUGUGUCUGUGUGUGUGUGCCAUGCUAAAUAGACCCGUUUUAAAGCUCCGUGUCGUUAGCCGUGGAGCUGGGUGACCGCCGCGCGGCCACGUAGCUAACGCGGAGCUGGGGCGUCGCGGUAAACUUACAAUAACAGACUUCAGGAAGUUGUCAAAAUAUGCGGCGCAGGCGGUGCUGCGUUCACAGGUUGACAGGAAGACGUCAGCUCACAGCUAAGGGAGCAGCACUGGGUCAGUUUCCACAGCUGUGGAUUCACGUGGACAUCAGUGUGGGUGAUUUUAACGACCCCUGUGUGUGAUUUAAGGUGCCUUGAGUCCCUGUGUGUCAGAGCUGAUAGCCUAUGUUAGCAUCUACUGCAGCUAGUAGUCCUUUCACCGUGGAUUGGUCUUUCUGUAGCAUCCUAAACCCACUCAUGAAGGGGACCUACGACCCCCUCCAGGGCUAGUGAUUCUCAACUGGUCUCACUCUGGGACCCACAUUUUCCCACGGUCUUUUUUUAUAAAAUUAAAACCAGGCAAAUUUAUUUCUUAUACAAAAACACCUUCGAAGACUCAAAUCUUUCACAUAAAUACACCCAUUUUAUCGAGUAGAGUGCAUUUUAGAGCACAUGAACUGAGGAUGGCAACUACCGAAGUUGCUUGUACAAAAAAUACAGAUACAGGAAAUAUACAAAAAUAACAAAUUGCACAAAAUGGAGACUAGCUAAGUGAAUUUUUUUACUUGUAUGCAUCUCUGCAUUCAGAGCAUAUUCAGAAGAACCUGAGGAGGACAAAAGUGAAUAAAUAUCAAAUUGCACAAAAUAGACCAAAAAAAAAAAAAAACAUGUAUUUUUUCUGCAUUCAGGCCACAUUAAUGAGAAACCCAGAAGGACCACGACAUAACCUGUACCUUUCAAAAUAAAAGGCAUGUCGAACAUUAGAUGUGCAUUGACUAUGUGCUUUUUUGACCAGCUGUUCGCGACCCAUCCAGAAGGUGUCCAUGACCCACUUUUGGGUCAGGACCCACCAGUUGAGAACCACUGCUCAACUGGAGACAUUAAUGGAGGAGCUUUCUGGAGCGAUGUAUUCCCGGGAUCUGGAAAAGUUUGCGUGUUUAAGGACACCAAAAAUCUGUAGAGCAUGGCCUGCUGUAUCCUCUAUCUGUGUGUUUGCAAAGCAGAGGGACAGAGGGAGCAUGAGGGCGGAGAGGCUUCAUCCUUAAAGGGAUAUUCAGGCAAAAAAUUAACUUAGGGUCAAACCCACUGUAACACAGAGUUAGACCCCCCCUCCAGAGAUGAAUGUUGCCGACCGCUUGCUUCUCUAGUUAUACCAACUUUAGUAACGACCGCAGGAUAGCAAUACAGAGAGCUACGUGCUCAACCAAAACGCCACUCUAUAGCCACAAAUAAUGCUCAGAACAGCACCUAACUUCAUCAACAGGACAUAUAGGGUCACAGACAUAGUACUAGACACCAAACAUCUUUUUAGCUUUGACUGAUUUCUUUAGCAAAGAGACUAAAAAACAACUCACCUACUCUCUUCCAGCAGCCACUUGUUUGUAGCAAGACCUCAGGUCAGUCCAUUACGGACUACAGCGGGGUGACGCAGCUCAAGGAAGAACAUUUAUGAUCAUUUCUUUAUCAUUUCCUCGAGGUAAUAAUCACCACAUUAAUCGUUUUCACUGCAGACGCGGUAGUUCUUCUGUCUUAGCGUCUCGGUCUGAUUAUUUCCAUGAAGUAAUGAUCAUAAAUGUUCUUCCUUGAGCUGCGAAACUCCGCUGUAGUCCAUAAUGGACUGGUAGACACUAUAUGUCCUGUUGAUGAAGUUAGGUGCUGUUCUGAGCAUUAUUUCGGGUUGUAGAGUGGCGUUUUGGUGACCUUUUGUCUUUGUUUUACCUCCGUAUUUUAACAUUAUUGCAAUUAUGUCCAAAAAAACCUUCAAAUAUCGAGUCUGCGUUAACUAAAACUUGUUUUCUUUUCGUGUCAUAUGACAACAAAUCACAGCAACUGAAACAAAUCCUUAAGUAAAUAUGUUAUAAUGAGGGAUUUUCAAAUUCUUCAAACCAUGAGAUAUUUAGAAAUUCACACCUCAAUUAUUACAGUUAGCUAUCGGUAUAUUAGCUGCUGCUAAUGUUGCUUCAAACUCAUGGGAAACAGCUCUAGUUAUCAAUAAGUUGGGAUGCAAAUCUACCUCCUACCGGCCUUUGUUUGCAGAGGAAGUCAUCUGUGAAAUAUUGAAAUAUAACUCCUGAAAACUUCUCUCAGUUUUCUGGUUUUCAUCAUUUUUUCCCUCCAUCAUAAGGAGAAGUAAAGCUACGUGGAGAAUUGCUCUUCCUUUAACAUUUGACUUCUUUGAAAUAUAAUAAAGGAUUCAGUCUCUGCUCUUUGAGGAUCCUUUGAUUGGACUUUUUGCACAGUGUUUGUGAUGCCUGGUGCAAAUAUCACUGCAUUGACUUGAAUGAAUUUGCACGUCGCUAAUACCUCAGAUUGCUUUACCCCUGCAUAUCCGGUCCUGUGAUUUGGGCUCUUGAGCAAAGACAUUAUGCAAAUUGCUAAAUUUCUGAGCCUAUUCUAAUUGAAGUUCCUUAAAAGUCAUACAGACUUUACUUUGUUUGAUAUUUCUGUGUUUUUAUUUCUGUUGUUAACCCUGGUGCUUGAAGUAGAAACCUACUUGACGAUAAACUGCGAGCAGACUGUGAUUCAUGCAGUAAAACUUUAUUUUUGUGAAGUUUUAGAUUUAUCGACUGAAUGUAAAAAAACAUUUCUCUCAAUUUUAAAUAACUUUUUAUAACGUGAGGAUUUCUAGAUUCACUUUUAGGGACUUUUUGAGUUAAACAGGAGCUUGUUUUGAGAGUGGGGACUGGAGCAGGAUCUCGGUGUGUGUGUGUGUGUGUGUGGUUGUGUGGGUUUGUUGGUCCUCAUGAGGAUUCCAAAACGUCACCAGAACGAACCCUAUUAAGCAAACAAUAGCAGCUCCUCGAAUUCAAAUGAGGCGGAUCUGCUGAAUGGAGGCUUUCACUGAUGGUAUGUGUGAGUGAAUGUGUGAUAAUGUGAGGUUUGGGAGCCGCUGAUGUCCGUCCAAAUCCUGGAAACUUGUUUUUGGCCGCACUGAUUGUUGAAGUUUAGUGGAAAAGCCUGUCAGCUUGUGUUGUAAAUUGCCCGUCACAUGCAUCAAAUAUCUCUGCAAACUAUCGCUCGCAUCUGUCAGUCUGGGAAUGUUGACAAACCCCCAUCAGAAGCCCUCAGUGAUGUUUUCUCUGCCCCAUCGUUGUUGGUGUUGUUAUCAGCAGCUCCGGCUAAUUUGCAGACUGAAUAUUGGGAAUGAUAGAGCCAGCUUAUUCUGCACAGAUCUUCUCGGAGGAUUACCUCUUCUCAGCUCGAGUUUGACAUGUCAAAAUAACAGGAGCCGUUCUGAAGGGGAUUAAAGGACGUCUCCAAGGCCGGGGGAAGCCUGUUACAUAUUAGCAAAGUGUGUGAUAACAGCUGUCAAACUCCAGAGCAGUUUGAUAACAGACGGAUAGAACGAUAAAGGAAGAUGCCAACUCUCUCUCAGAAACGGAGAGGAAGCGUGAAACCAAAUCCAGCGAAAGAAACAGUUCAGACUCGUUUGUUUAAAUUGCUUUUUCCAAAAAUAUCAAAUCGGGUAAUUGGGAUGUGCAGCUCUCGUUUAAUCCUGUCUGUCAACUGUCAGCGCUGGAGCUGAGACUGAUACAAUCUGACACACUUGAUCUCAUUAUCACUGUCGACGUGUGGUCUUUCCUGGGUGAUGUGGAGCUUCUGUACCCGUCCACGGUUCUUCCGACACUGACACUCCAACUCCAUCUCAGAGUUUGUCAGGACUGUUUAGUUUUCUCUCCUUUCCUGGAAACAUUUUUGGAUAUCAGACUGAAAUAUAACCGUAUACUGUGGUUUGAUAAACGCACAGGAAGUAGAUGAAAAAAUCAUGUGUAUCAUUCACAUUAGUCGACUCGGGUUAGAUGCAACUGUAAGUCGAGGCAAGCGCAAAAGUUGAAGUUAAGUUCCUGUUUUGAUCAGCUGUUAAAUAAAGUUUUGAGGUGGGAGUAAGUCUGGUAGUGUUUGAGUAAACGGCGGCCUGUCAAGGUGGUAAGGCUGGACGAUUAUGGCAAAAAUAAUAAUCAAGAUUAUUUUAACUGAUAUUGAAAUAAUCGAGUAUUUAUUGAAACACCAAAACUUAACUUUAAAUACAACUCAAAAGAACAGCCAGAAAUGAAUUUGUAACAAGUAUACAAGUGAAAAAAUAGUAAAUUUAUAAAAUAAUAGCAAUAAAAACAAUACAUAAAAAUAGAAACCCAAUCUACAUGCACUCCUGCAGCUGCACAUAACAGGGUGCAUUUAAGGUGUUUUUCCAGCAUAGGAACUUAUAUACAUGCCACACUGUGCAGCACAUUAAUCGUCUUUCUUCGAUUAUAAUGUUUUUAUGAUCAUAAGAGGCCAAAAUAGAAAUCAUGAUUAAAAUUAAAUUAAUCCUCCAGCACUACGUGAUGUUGUCUGCUGUUUCUUCUAAUGCUUUAGUGUAAAACUGUGUCUGUCAGCCCAGGACCCUGCAGCUCUGACAUGCAGACAGCAGAUAAGCAGGAGAAAGAAAACACAUGACUGUUUCAGCGCCAACAGUCUAUAGAUGGCAUCCAUCAGAGUUCUAAACCAGACCCAGUUCUUCCUGACUGUUAUGGUUCUCCGGGGCCCUUUUACGUUUGUUCUGGUCCUGCUGGGAGGCCUUUCUGAAACAAACUGGAGCACUUUCUCGAUCCUACCAGCGCUGUUCACUUCUCUUUACUCCUCUUCUUCACCAAAGACCCAGAGGAAGGUCAGGGGGAUACUUAAACUGACAGUGACUCUUCUUUUGACCAUUUAACAGAUUACAGUUGGUCCAACUCCACCCUGUAGGGUCAGAUAAGAACCAACUGAACCUGCCAGAAACACUCAGAUGGUCUGAGAUCUGCUCGGUGGAAAGAAAGGCUCAAUCCCCCUAAAUCCAGGACAUUUAGAUUUUGUAACUGAUUAGCUGUAAGUUUUAUUUUGCACAUGUAUCAUUGCUAACCUGAGCUUGUGCUGCUGAAGGCUGCCAUAUUGGAUUAUUUGGGGGUGAAAAUGGCGAGUGUUGAAAAGGCCACAGGACACGGUGUAGUCACAGCUCACAAACGUCAAACACCGCUCCUCUCUGACAACUCUCUCCUUACACUUCGACCGCUCAACGACAGGUCGCUUUAGCUUUGGUUUUCAGAGAUACAAAACAUCAUCAGUACGACACGCCUUCACUGAGCUCACUGCAGCGGUGACAGAACAGUCGUUCACGCCUUCCCUGACUCUUACCUGAACACGUGUUGGAGCAGCGGUGACUCAGCUCUCACCUGCCUGCGUAAUCAGCUCAGGUGAGAGGAGACGAGAGCGAGGAAGAAUAAGGCGGCAGGAUAUUCCUGUUUUUAUGAAUGAUGUUAGACUGGCUUCUGUUUGUCUCAGAGAUAUUUUUAGCUUUAAUUGUCCUGGGAUGUUAUUGUGGAAACAGAUGAUCACAGAACAUGUAUUUUAGUUGACAUCAUCCUUCUCAUAACCGAGAUAAUUCCAAAUAACCGACUUUACUUUUCUUUGUGCCAACAAGUCUUCAUCUUCUUUUCUCUUGUUCGUUGUUCAUUUUGCCACCGUUGUUGUUGUUGUUCCCGGUGUUAUGCUGAGAAACACAUGCCUGCAGAGAAUUGCAUCCACCCUGCAAAACGUGCACCUCUUAUAGUAGAGUGGUCCAAAGAAAUGUACAAUUUAAAACCCAUACAGUUCUUAUUUGUGGGGCUAAACAGCGAUGAGUAAUGUUCUAAAAGUAAUUCUCGGUAGGUUUGCGUUUCUCGGCACAACAGCGCCAGCGACUCACUCCAAGCAGGGGCGUGGUUUCCUUCUCUUUGAUUUUGAUUGAUGGCUGGCAGGGUAUUGUGAUUGGACAGCACAUGCAGAGUCACAUGCAGUGUAUCUCAGUCAGCUACCCUUGAAAUUAGAUGAGUUCAUUUGCCUCCGACAUCGCAGGCUCUGCAAUGUGACAAUCGUGUAAACGGACAUCGCCUUGACGAUGAUCAAACGAUAUAUCGUGCAGCUCUAAGGAAGAGUCAGAGGAGGUGUCAGAGUUCGACCUGUUAGCUGCUGACUGCUCGGCUGACUCUCCUGAGAGCCUGUGUUUUUGCCUUCGCACAUGCAGAGAUCGAGACUUGUACAAGUACGUGGCAUCAUUCAGUGUGCUCACUCUGUACCUCUGCUUUACUAACACACUCCUGGUAACUACAGCGCCACACCCAGAUGUUUUCAGAGAGCAGAUCCAGCUCAGGAUCCUGAACUCUGUGUGGAGGGUUCUCAGGUCAGGAACCGUUUCUGGGCCAACCUGCAGGUGUUUUUUUCUCCUCUCUCUCUUACUGGAUGAAAUCAGCUCAGAUAAAAGUCCAGAAGAUGAAGUGCACUUCUGAAAGCAAAGUUGGCUGGGACUCACGGCUCUGUCGCAGAGAAAUGAGAAUCAUACAGGACUCUGUGCACACACUGCAGACUGGACUAGUGUUCAUUCAUCACUGCGGGACCUCUAACACAUGUGCGGUACACACAUCCAGCUCUACACGCCGCUUUGAGAGCCGGUGGAAGGUCAGUCAGCGACGGUCUGGUCCUCCACUUCCUGUUUGUGCCUCAGAAACUACAGAUCCUCAGACCACCGCAGAACAAACUUGUUUUCUGAAUAAAUACCCACAGUGCUUGGGUCUGAUUGUGAAUUCCCCUGCUGUCUGCUCCUGAUGUAUUCCUGCCUCACAGCCACGAUGCAAAUCAGAUAUUUGUCUGACCUCUUUUGCCCUCCAGGACUCCCCCCGGCCUUCAAAACACUCUGAGUCUGACAUUUGUCCUUCUGAAGGAAAUAAAAACAACAACUCUUGAUUUUUUUAUUCAUUCAUUUUAACGGCUGGUGUCCUUUUGAAGAGCACACGCCGGCUACAGGCUGCGUUAAUUAGGCUGCAAAUGUGCUGAGACGUGAUAACAGCCAAGAAGUCAUUUAAAGCCUCUUUUAAUACGUCAAGCUAAUAUUUUCACCGCUCCAUACAUGAAGAAAACCUUUAGACUCUUUCUGUAAACUUAUAUAAAGUCGCUCUUCAGUGAUCAUCUAUCUGUGCAGGUUCGUCUUUAGACCCUGACAGACAUGAAAUGAUUCCUCGAGUAAAUCCAGGAGCUCGAUUUACAAAACAGACGGGAAGCAAAUGACUCGCCUGGAGCCUUGGUUUAAAUCCAGUCUGUACGGCACACUGUGUUUUUUUCUGGCUGUUUAAGGAUUCCAGUCAUAAAACAAUCAGACGUCAGCUCUGAACAGCCUUAAACGCCUAAUAACCUUCAUUUAGCAGCAAUAACACAAAGAAUUAGACACCGUUUCUACAGUCAUCCGUCAUUUACGGGCUUCUGCACUGAGAGACAGCGAAUCAGCUGUGAGGGAAUGAAUUUAUCGUCCACCUGGAGAUGUAGUUUAAGAACAUAGAAAAAUACUUAGUUUUUAAUGUUAUAUCGUCUUUAUUUACAGAGUCCUCUCCGUCUGUCGGUUUGGUGAACUUUGACUCUAAACUUCAUCCUGAUCGACUUUGAAGACUGACGGACUGUUUAUCUUCCUCGGCUAAGUUUCCUUCUCUGUGAUUCAGGUUCAGACUUUUUGACUGGGGUGGCCAGGGUGUUCACGCCCAUACAGAUAUUAUCCUGUGUGUUAACUUCUGUUGCAUAAUAAGUCAUAAGAACAGAUGUAAUAGGUCUACUACAAAAUAACUAAAACGUUUCCUUCAUGUCAAAGUUAAAAGGGUUUCAAUCAUGUUGGAAAUGGAAACGUAUGCUGGCGCUGAUAUCUGAAGUGGGUCCGUCUGGUUCUGGUGUCUUUUUCUUCCGAACAGACGGACCGAGUGGCUGGAAAACGUAGAAAGAGCAGAUGAAGCAGUUUGGAGGUUCUCUGAGAACCGACAGAGGAAAUAUGGAGGCACUGCGAGCUCAGCUGCCCAGACUCGUCGGGCGCUCGGUGACUGAUCUGGUUUGGAUUUCUCACGUUCAGGAUAAUAAUCAGUUUUCUCGUCACUGAAAGACGAAUCUUUGCUUUUUCAUGGCUGUUGAGUGGAGACGCGGUUGUCGACGCCGCUGUGUUUCAGAGAGCGAGGUGGAAGCAGGAUCAGACGUUUUUCAUUUUUUUGCCUUGCAUACUUUUCUGUGGUCAGAGAGGUGAAGUUGGAUUUGGUGUUAGAAUCUUGAAAAAACCAAAGCAGAAUGACUUUUUUGAUGGAUUUAAAGAUACCAAUUCAUAAAAAGUCUUAUUCUAAAAUAGGGAUGCACCGGUCUGAUAUUUGAUCAGAUAUCGGCUCUGAUAUCGACAAAUAAACUGGAUUGGAUAUCUGAUGAAUGACGCCGAUCCAGUUUUUUUAAAUUAAUAUCAAACACAGUGAUUCUGAUUCACUGAAUGUUUACAUGGAAGUCAAACUUCUUUUUGUGUUAAUGUGCAAUUUGUUAAAAAAUAAUAUAAAGUAAAUUUAUAUCUGUGUUAAUUUGUUACCUUCAAGCCUGAUGCCUUCACUCACAGGUAUACAGUUCAUUUAUUCAACAGUAAUAUUGGAUCAGUAUGGGAUAUCGGCCGAUACGCUCAGCCCAGGUAUCGGUAUCAGAUUGGAUCUGAAAAAAAUAAAUCGAAGCAUCUCUACUCCAAAAUAAAAGUCACCACCAGUUUGAAAGUUUUCUAAUUUUGGACUCUGGGUGUUACCGGGUUUCUAAAAAUAAAACAGAACAAGAACUUCUGGUUUCUGACGGUUAGACGCUCAAGUACAAAAACAGGAAACAACCUUUUAAAACUCUGACUCUCAAGUCCUUUUAAAGACACUUGAUUGGAUUUAUUCGACCACUUCCUGCUGUUCAGAUUAAAAUCUUUUCACUUCUUCGGUGUUUUCUGUUCUUGUGUAUUCUCGUCCGUCCUGAUCUGGUGUAUUUGCACGCUCCAGAUCCCAACAUCGCCGCAGUACGGCCCGUGAUGCCGCCGAAUACAAACGGCGCUCAUGGAAACUCCUGAAAGGUAAAACAUCAAUAGCGCUCAAUAAUUAAGCUGCAAAUGUGCUCCGACAUGAUAAGACCCCGUCGUAGUUCGCCCCGGAGCUCACUCUGUUAUUAAAAGGAAGUUUGUAUUUUCAUAUUGGAGGAAAGGCCCGCAUCACUUCCUGUGUGUUUAAGCUGCUCCUCAUUCAAUCCGAGCGUCCGUGUCGUCGACUCUCUUAUUAAAUUUUCAGUGAAGGUUUUGACGUUCCUCUCAUCGCUAAAACUGAACCCUGGGACUUUUACUCCGACUGUCCCAGAUUCUGGCGUCUCUGUGCAGUCAGCUGGAAGGCCUGGUCCCUCUUCCUCCUCCUCCUCCCGGCCUCUCAGACCCGCGUCUGCCUGUCUGUUUCCUCUCUGUUGCUAUUCUGAUAAACAUUCAAAUUGACUAAGUGUUUACCUCGUGGUUCGCUUUUAAAAAAAAUCCCUCCUUUCUGCUCCGUCGGCAUCGUGUGGGAGCGAGGGAACGAUGUUUUCUGCCGAUAGCGAGCAGCGAUUUCAAAGCUCAAGGCUGCACCUCCAGGAAGCGUGAAUCUAAAAGUGCACAGAAACAAAAUUGAAUGGAUCCGGGCUGCCCUGGCAGAAAACAGCUCUGUGCCGGAUUGUAAGCGCACAUGCUUGCAGGAGAAACGAGCCUCCUCGAGGCGUAUUUUGGAUCCGGGAGUAAUUUCAGGCUGCAGUGAAUUUUCUGCAAACAAGUGGGAAAUAGGAGCUCUCUGCAAUUAAGGAAACCACAUCAACUCUACGAAUCCUGAGAGGUUAAGAGCAAUUAGAGAGGCUGUGAGAGAAGGAUGGAGACAAUUUAACCAGACUCGUGUUAUUGUUUUUUUUUUCACUACAAGAAAAAACAGCAAUAGUCUUUUAUUUUCUGAUAAAGCUGCCUGUACUUGUGUUGACAUGAGGUUUCAUCACAGCAGGCCGGCUGCAGGAAUUCAGUGAUCAGGAGACAAGCUGUUAACGCGGGUACCUGAUGCAGCCUCGCCGAGCUGCACGGCGAGACUGGGAAAUGAGAUUUCACCUUUAAUGUGCGAAGCCUCUGGAAAGGAGGGAGACUGAGGGAUGAAAGUCAUUUGCAAAGACAAGUGGAGUUACUCGCUGCAGACCUAAGCCGUUGCACUCUAUCAGUCAGAGCUGCAGAGAGAGAGAGAGAGAGAGAGAGGAUGAAGCACCUUGGGAGGAAAAGGCAGAGUGAGCGGGUGAAAGACGUGUUUGUUUACAGGCUGACUUUGUUGGAGAGCGUUUCCUCCCCAGGUUCCUCACACAAGGCGGACGUUGACUCUGAGCACAUGCAGGAGCUGCUCUGUAUGCCUGUCAGGGAUGUGCUGGCCCAGAUCGGCGUGAGGAGCCAAAUGAGGGACAGGUGCAGCAGACGGCCUGUGGAUAUGGAGCGAGGAGUCAGGCUUUUAAUUACAGCCACGUGGGUUAUGGAGCCGCUCUCUUCAUGAUCAGAUGAUUAGGCGGAUCCCAGGACGCCAAUUUAAGGUCAGGCAGAACAAGACUCACCGCGCACACGUGUGUUAGACUGAGCGUUCUUGGAGGAGGUUUUCAGUUUACGUCUGAACCGUUCACUUGUCAGUCCUACAGCACUUAGAGGUGGAGUAGGCAGGAAUCAGUUAAAGACGCAUCUUAUUUUGUAGAGGCGUUUAUACAAAAAAUCUUUUAAUAUCAGUCAAUAGUUAUUAGUUAUUGACGACUGCUCCCCCGUGUCGUUCAGGAGCCCAAACAAAGUUAGCGUGCUACAAUAUCGGACAGUAGAAACCAACCAGAAAGUUCGGAAAAUUGUCUGAAUCCUCCUUUGGCCACGACUGCCGACACAAGCAAGAAAACAAAGUAAAUACCGGAGACUCUGGAGGAAUAACGGGCGCUUAAAACGGAGGUAGACCGGACAAGAGCUAAAAAGCCGGGUCAACAUAAACCAUGGGGGACGCUUGGGGAUCUUGGUGACCCUGUAACCUUUCUGCUGGACAGGUAAACCGCUUUAACAAAGUAAGACAAGUGUCUGUAACAGAAGUGUUUCUUGUCAAACGGACCUGCUGUAGCGUGUUGUAGCGCCAUCGCUAAACUGUCCUCCCUCGGGUCCUGGACUAUGUCACUUUAUCCUCGUUGUAGAAGUCCUGCAAACAUUGUGUUUGCUGGUAGUCUGUUGGCAUCUACAGUAGCACCAAUGCUUUUGACUUUCACCUUGACUGGGCCCCAUUUGUAAUGAUCUGAAGUAUUUAUCUGCAUUAUAUCUGAAUUUAACUGGAACGAUACGAGCGAGCAGGAGCGUCUGUUUGUGGGCGGGGCUUGAGGGGAGAGGAGGAGCUGAGGGGAAAACUGGUUUGGAGGGGUAGAGUUUACAUUCUACACCACCUUUAACCUUUAAAAUGUCUUAAUAACUCUUUGAUAAAGCUGAUACCGGAUCCUCAUGCAGCAUUGUCUUAAAAACAGACAUGACUCUGCGUGUUUUUAGAAUUCAGUCCAAAAGUCUCGUCUGUGAACAAACGCAGGUUAAUACUGUAAAAACAGUCAGAAUCAUGACCCAGAAACAGGCUUUUGUGGACCUGAGACCGUUUAAGGUGGACUGACGAAUCAUAAUUUAGCAUCUUUUAGGAAAUGAUGGAUGUGCUGUCCUUUCUAGUUUGUUAUCCCUGAUGGUCCUGGGAUCAUCAGAGUCCGUGUCACGGGUAUCUUCCACAUCAGGACUCUGUAGUUGGAGUCACUGCAUGGGCUUAAUAUCACUUGUUCAUGAACUGUCCUGAGGUCUGAUGGAGCUACAUCUAACACUCUUUUGGAAAGGACAACUGGAGUCCUUUCAACGAAGAACUGGAAUUCAUAGAUGCUUCAUCCUCAGUUUUAAACAACAUCUCCAGGUUUAGGAGCAACAUCUGCGUCCAUCCAGACAAAGAGUUUUUCAGGGAAGACCUUCAUAUGAUCCCAAACCACAUUCUGACAACAGGGAUUACAACAUGAUGGCUCUGUAGGAGAAGAGUCCUGCUGAGAAACCGGUCUAAUCCAGUCCUGACUUUUGGAGCAUCAUGAAACUGAAACAUAACAUCAGACUAGUUUGAGCGUUUUGCAGUUUUCCAGCGUUGGAUCUCGAACCCACGUGCUCUCGCUGCGUGUGUUUGUAAGUUCUGCCGCCGUAACACCGUCUCUGACCUUUGCACUCCUCAUUAGAGCUCGCCGGUAAUCUCGACGAAGCAGGAAUUAAAGGUCACCUGCUGCUAACUGCUGUUAUCAUCACUGUUUCUCAUCUGAUAAAUUCCUGAACUGUGAAAUGCUGCUCAUUAGCUCUCUGCGUUGAGAACAUGUUAUUAGCUGCAGGCUGAUAAACGGCCCCGCGCCCUCGUCUUUGUGUAAACCGUCAACGGCGUGGUUGAUCACAGCUUCUGACCUGUCCGAGGGAGAUGCAUGGCGAUAGUUUUCUUCAGAGAGGUUGUUUUGUCUUUGAUGCACAGAGCAUGUUUUGUUUGUAUCUCGGCGUCUGGUUGUCCGCAGCGUUUAAAGACGGUCUGCUGAUGUCUUUGUGCAUACGAGAUAAAAGCGGCGUUUGUGAGGAUGUGCUCUAAAGACAAAAACAGGGCGCUCUCCACAUCUCCUGCCUGACUGAACAGCAGUAAUGAUCGGGAGAGGAAGAAAAUGACAGUCAUGGCACAGUAAUGACACUCAGCAGAGCAUCAUGGGAAAUGGGGAGCAGAUGAACUGAUUAACCCGAGGCAGGUUUGUGCGUCUGCAUUUUCCUCUCAUGCAGCCGUGUCCGUUAACAACACACGACGAUGAUGAGGAUGUGUUCACAUGCUCUUCAGUGACUCGGUUAUUUUCUCUUUGAGCGAAAACUCAACAACGUAAAUGAGACUCAGAAUGAAAACACCUGGAUUACACCCGGAUUACACCUGGAUUAGAGCAGGUGAUGAUGUUUGAAAAGGGACGAAGUCUUAAAGGAGAUCUGUUAUGAUGAUUUGAACUACAUACAAUAAUUCUACUAUGCUGGAUGUCCAAAAUCCUGACUGGGUUUUCCAGGUUCCCUGAAUGAUCUGUUUCAAACAUGGCCGCACCGUGAUAUCAGGCUCUACUUCCACGAAUUAGAAACUCUCUUUAAUAACAGUCAGCUUCUUCCAAUUUAAGUAACACAGCUAAAGGGAUUCCACAGAUUCUCUGCGCUCCAAUCCGGAACGGGAGGCAGAUUAAAAACGCAAGCAUACAGCGCCCACCGGAUCCGAUCCACUGCUGUAAGCGGAGGAGAAGCUCUUGCGAUAUUACAGAUUUUUUUCACGAGACUGGACAAGAUCUCGUGUGUUUCUCGGUAAGACAUUGAAUGAGAUCGGCGGUGAAUAUAAACAACCACAACUCUGGCCCCUCCCAUGAUCACGUGAAGAACAGUUCAACAUAUUGACUUUAUGUUAUUUUGAAAAUUAACCAGAUAUUUUACCUGGGAUUUCCACCGCAUCCAGAACGGCUCUGAUCCGAAACGGCAGCGAUUUUCGCUGUACGCCAAUUCCUACCAGAUCCUACCAGUUGGUGAGGUGAAUUUCGUGGAAUUCACAAGAACUCACAAGAACCCGUGGAAUCACGUGCAAUCGCGCAAUAACAAGUUGGCUUUUAGCCACAGAGGCUAACCAUAUAAGCAGUAGAUUGUGUCCUUCCAGAGGAGGAAAUCUACUUCUAGACUUCUAGAAUCAGCAUCUCCUCAUCCAUGGUGUCAUCGGGGUGAAAUGACGUCUAAAAACCUUUCACUUGUUCGUCUCCGCCCGUUUGCAUGGUGUGAAAUACGAUCCUCCUGAAACACGGAGUGUUUUAUUUUGAAAAGAAGCCGGAUGUUUUAUUUUGUGUCUGUGCCCGACUUCCUUUCCAGCACGGGUUAAUCUGUGCUGAAUUUAUCCGGCAUCCAGAAAAAAUAGAACUCUUGUGAUCAGCUGAGGAGUCCAGCGAUCCGCAGAGGAACGGAAAGAAGUCGGUGUAAAUUGACACGUUAACUUGAAUGGUUCGAUCAGCUACGAUCGGAGGAUACGACCUUUUAGUAGCCGUUCUAGAUGUUGAGGAAAUUGCCAGUUACUCUGUAGCCGCAUACAACUUCCGCUGCUGCUCGUGUUGCGCUGCACUGAAUUGAUGUGUUGUGCUGCGGCGUCCGGCAAAAAUAGAAGACUUGCUUAUCUGAUCUGUAACUGGACGGUGGACAGAUUGUUUGGAAUCACGCACUUUGACUAUAAUGCCUGCGUAUUUGAUCAGGCUGCUGUUCCGGAGUGGAGCACAGCCGUUCCAUAUUCUGUGGAAUUUAACCGUAAAGAGACGUUCAGCUACUUAAAGGGACAUUUCAGCAUUUUUGAAAAGGGUUAGUGUGAGUUUGACCCACAAUGGAUGACAGUCAGACAGAAACAGGAACCUAAACAUGCUCAGAUACAUUGGUGAUGGUUGUAGCUGUAUCUUGAUUCACAAAGAUCUCCUCACUCUUAGGUCAGAGUCUCUCUAAAUUAGCUAAAUUAUGAGUUAGAGUCGUUUACCUCAUUGUCCUCUGAAUCUGAAGGCUAAAAUACACAGAAUAAGAUUUUUUACUUCCUCUUUCAAAGCUGAAGGUUGAUCUUGUACCAAAAAGCCAAAUCAGGUUAAUCUUUGAAAGGAUUUUGAGUCACGGCUGAAACGGUUAACAAUACUGAGGCAGCUGGAAACCUUCGUCAUUAACCUGAUGAUCAAAAUAAUUCUGAUGUUUCCCAGAGUUCAGAGCGCCUGAGUCUUAAAGCGCUCUUUUAGACAUCAGACUGCAGUCGCUCCUGAACAGCUGGUCCUAGACUGACGCGCUGUCCCCUGAAGAAAUUGCUGCAUUUUUCUGCUCUGUUAGACCGUGGCCUUCUUUAGUGAGCGGCUCGCAGGAACAGCAGGUGAUGUCAUUGUUGGUGUUUACGAGGCUUUGAUCAUUUCAGACACACACGCACGCCGCCGCUGCCGCCCCCCACCUGUCUUCAUCUUGAAUCAUAGUCGGGGGGAAUUUCUUCUCUUACCCUCGCCUUAUAAAAUAUUUUCAUUGGCGUUGAUUAGGGUUGUAAAACGAUGCGUGAAGGGACAAGCUGUGCAGGUGAGGAGAAAGGUAAACGGAACAAGCCGUAAACGCCGGGAGGUUCUGUGGAGGCGGCGGCAGUCUUGCUGCAGUCGGAUGUCCCGCAGCUGCUGCUCUGGACACACUUAAAGGGAUAUUCCGGCGUAAAAUUGAGUAUGGCUCAAGUACACUGCAACACCGAGUUAGACAACCCCGUCGAGAGAUGAAUGUUGUCGACCGCUUGCUUCUCUAGUUUUACCAACUUUAGUAACGACCACAGAGAGCCACGCGCUCAACCAAAACGCCACUCUAUAGCCACAAAUAAUGCUCAGAACAGCACCUAACUUCAUCAACAGGACAUAUAGGGUCACAGACAUAGUACUAGACACCAAACAUCUUUUUAACUUUGACUCAUUUCUUUAGCAAAGAGACUAAACACAACUCACCUACUCUCUUCCAGCAGACGCUUGUUUGUAGAGAGACCUCAGGCCAGUCCAUUACAGACUACAGCGGGGUGACGCAGCUCAAGGAAGAACAUUUAUGAUCAUUUCUUCAUGGAAAUACAAUCAGACCGAGACGCUAAGACAGAAGAACUACCGCGUCUGUAAAAUGAUUAAUAUGGUGAUUAUUACUUCAAGGAAAUGAUAAAGAAAUGAUCAUAAAUGUUCUUCCUUGAGCUGCGGCACCCCGUUGUAGUCCGUAAUGGACUGGCCUGAGGUCUCACUACAAACAAGCAGCAGCUGGAAGAGAGUAGGUUGUGUGAAGAGUUGUGUGAAACAAGAAAUCAGGCAAAGUUAAAACGAUGUUUGGUGUCUAGAACAUUUCUUAAGUUGGUAUAACUAGAGAAGCAAGGGGGGGUCUGACUCGGUGUUACGGUGUGUUUGACCUUAACCUAAUUUUACGCUGUAAUAUCCCUUUAACUCUCCUGUUUUUCAGCGACAUAAACCUCUUCCUCUUUUCUUCAGUUUUCUCUAAAAUCCACGCGUCCGUGUUCCCUCUGCAGAACCGUUCCUCCUCAGAUAAGCUGCAGUCCUCUGAACCUUAUCAGCACAGUUAUUAAUAGCUCCCCGGCCGUCUCCCUGAUGUUGUUGUUCCUCCGUCUCUGUGUCUGAGUCAGACUUUACACCCGGACACACCUGAAACACUCAGCCUCACCCCGCUCAAACAUGGCAUUAAAACCCCGCUGAUGGAGUAACAAUGCCCGGGUGGAGCAGGAGCUGAUUUCCAGAAUGUUGCAAGCUGCUUCGCAUGACUAAAAGCUUAAUUUUAAGAGGUUAAGUGCUCUGAGUGAUUAUGUUUCUUCAAUGUUGACCUUUUCUGUGCACCCUUAAUCAAAGAAAUCUCCGAGUUCUUAAUAUUAACACCCUUUCACAAUAAAAGCUUUCUGACAUCACAUGAGCCUGAUGUUUCAGAGGCGGGAAGCUUACAAUAUAUGUUAGUCUACUAAAGGUGCAAUGCUUGGAUUUAUCACUUUGACUUCAUGGAAAGAAGACACUGGAACAAACCUGGACACUUUUGCACUUUGUCGCUCGGCCCUGUCUUUGUCGGCUCGGGCUGCAAUGACUACGAUUACUUUUGCGAUUAAUCGAAUAAUCGUGGUAGCCCUAUUGUCAGCAUGAAGUUGCAGGAUGUAAAUAAAACAUGUAUUAUGAGUUUUUUCAACAGUUUGAAAAGUUCCUGCAGAAAGAAUCCGAACUUUCCUCCAGAUUUUCUCUUUUCUGCAGGUUGUUAUUUUUUCCGUUUUCCAGCAGAGACACUUUAGAGAAAACAAAACUCUCCGCGCUCUUCAAGCUGUUUUAAUGUGUUUCAUGUUCGCCGGAGAAAAGAACUUCUGUAGUCAGAGCUUCACACUGUUUCUGCUGUUUGUCUGUUUGUUUGUUGGACUUUUUCUUUGGUGUGAUUUUUGUGCUUUCAGUUUGAAGGACAGACACAAUGUCAGAUUGAAGAAGCUGCUUCUCGUUUGUAGUGUUGAAAUAUCGAGUGGAAAAGAAGCAAAUAUGACGGAAUAAAUAUCCAAAACAACCUCUUUUCCUCUUCUGUAUGAAACUGUCAGUCAAACAUAUGAGCUCUAACUCUCACUUCUCCAUCCUGAGUGUUUCUGUGAGUCUUUCAGACCUCAGAGAUCGUCUUAAUGCUGCCGUGAACCUCACAUUUCACUCACUGAACUCCUUUAAGGAGAAACGGCGGAGGAAAUGUGACACCCUGCUAAUUUGUGCCUGGCUGAUGUAGCCGCCUGUAGAAAUGUGAUUUUCAGCGGCUGCUUUUAAGCACCGACGUGUGACUGACAUGUGAAUUAAGCUCAUGACGAACACGCCACGCUGAGGGGAAAAUAACCAAAUCCCUCGCGUCUGCCAAUCUGACGUAGUUUUACAGAGACAGAGAGGAGGGUUAGCUUUGUGUCUGAUCAGAAACUCAUCAGGAAGUUGAAUAACCAGGUCAGGGCUGGUAACCCGGUUAGUCUACAUUAAAAACAUCUUUUAUUUUUUGCGCAGAGAACAAUAAGAGCAACGCCCGUAAUGAAUGAGUCAUACUGAAGCUCAGGUUUGUCUUGAGGUGAACGAGGACAGGAUUGAGGGUUUGAGGAGUCAGGGAGGAGCUCAUCAGGACUCUGAACGAGGACGUCAGCGUUCUUGUUCUUGUUUUCGACCGUCAUCAGUCAUGUUGAAGCCGAUACCAACAAUGUGAUGAGAAUUAAUGAAGGCGCAUUAUGACUGUCUGCUUAUUUUUUAAUAUUCUGAUAUAUCAUCAUCACGUGGUUGAUAUAAAGACCUCGUCAUACAACCCCACAGACACCAAACUGUCAGGUGAUGAGCGUCCUGACUCUGAUCUAGAUGCAGAUUCCUCAAAUUUGGUGCGUUUACGUGUUUUGCAUCGUGCUUUGUGGCGCAAAAGCUCGACGUUUAGAGGGGUUUAUGUCACCGCGCUGACUUUGUUAGUGUCUGAAUAAAGGCGACACAAUUUUAGACAAAAAUGAAACCCCGAUUUUUUUUCUCUAACAACUCCAUUUAGAUUUUUUUUCAGUGACAACUUCACAAAACUUCACUAUAAUAAAAAAGUUUUUCUAUCAUCUUUCAAAACUAAACCACUGAAAACGAUGUAGUUCAUAUGCCAAGCCAGUGAGUAGCGCUGUAACGACACUUGAUACGACAAAAAACUUAAGCGUUUCCUCCUGAAUUGGUUUCCGUGGUGACGGGUUGAUACCGCCUUCAGACAGACUUCGCAGCGGGGAGUGGUUUACUCUUCAUCUGAAACUGUGAAGUCGUACCAAUUCAACACGACUGACUCGCUCUUGUCCUAUUUAACCACGAAAUUAUCGCCUACUUUUGCGAACGCCAUGUUUGUUUACACUGGUGUGUGUGGGAAGGGGGAGUCUAUGAUGGCCUGAAGGUGCAAGACAAGAUAGAGAGGAAAAUCAAUUUGAGGAUUUUAAUUUUUUUUACUUUGUCAUAAUCUAAUAAUCUGAUUAUGAAUAAAAAUCGAUGAAUCGUGCAGCCCUAGUCUGAAUAUGUUCGUCGUAAAAAUGAGUUUAAAUCGUUUUAAGAGUUUUCUAGUAUAUUCCUUUUUCGUGUAAUCGCAGCAGAAAACCAAAGUUUAGCUUCCUUGUCUGAUGAGGUUAUCAGAGAAGAUCUCACAGAUACCGACACAGAAUAAAAACGUCUGCAGAGCUCGUUCAGCCGGAGCGGCGUGAGGUCAUGAAUGAAGCUCUCAGGGCGCCGACGCUUCUUUUAGAGCGAGGAUGUGGAAUGUGAGGAUGACUCAUUUCUGCUGCUAUUGUUAGAUCUGUGAGCUCCUCAGGUGAACCGGUGCCUGUCAUUACUCUCUGUUAGCAGCACUGAUGUGAGGCAGCAUGUUAAUAGAUUUAACAUGUUAAUCCAUUAUGAAGCAGACCCUGAAUACGGCGCCGCAGACUCCACUCCACAUUAGUCUUAUGUAUCGCUCUGGUGUUAAACUCUAUCAUCCCGCUCUCUCCUCGUCCCCUCGCUCACAAAUGUUGGUAAUUGCCUUCCAGUGGAGCUGUAAAAAGCUCUCCCCGCUGAGCUCAUUGUUUCCUCUUUCCCAUCCAGCGACAGGCCUCCAGCUCUCUCGCAGUAAAGCCCGGCUCUGCAGGAGGAGGCGGCCGUGGGGAGUCGUAUAGAGGGAUGCUAUCAGGAUUAAAGCUGCUGAGAGAGCUGAUUUGCUGAUCAUUAUGUAAGCCACAUCUGUCCUUUGUCCCCUCGGUGGCUCCGGGGCCUCCCAUGCACGACGCUGCCAACAUGAAGAGACACGGCUCUGAGAUUACCCUACAGAGGGGAACCCGGGGGGGGAGGAGAGGGUGAAGGGGUGAGCACACUCCUCCUCAUCGCAGAAACACUUAGUCUGUGACGGAGAAGCGACCGGGAAAACGGUGUUCCUGUGACCAGCCAAGCGCUCUCAAUCCCAGAACAAAUGUCCUCAGACGGACGCAGUAAAUCAGGUUUCCUGGGAUAAAAGCCUUCAAGACGUGGUUUGAUCCAUCUGUCUGAGGAAUUACUCCGCUUGUAAAUCGUCUUUCAUUUACAUAAAUCAACAUCCAGCAUUUGUAGACAGUGAAACUACCAUUGAAGGACGAGCUCCUACCCUGAAAUGUUUUUGGUUCAUCCUGAUGAAGGCCUCACAUGAGUAAUCGGUUGUCUGGAGUCAUCAUGUGUUUUCAAAAGAGCUGUAACGACAUGAUAUUCUGCUGCUGCGUUCUGUCGGAGUAUUCCUCUAUCAACACUCGCCCGCUCGCUCGCUCGCCUGCUCUCUAUUUGUUGGUGUGUUUGCCAGUUUUGUUUGUGCUCUCUGUGGAGUGCUGUUCUGUUUAUGUCGACAGUCAAUAACAACCCGAUCUUCUCUCAACACGCCAGUGAAACCUGUGCCGUUAGAUCUGCUCCGUAUUAGAGCUGUACCGGAUAAUGUGGGUCGCCGUCGUGUUCAUCAAAGCUGUUUUAAUGUUGAAUAUUAGAGCGACACUUUUAUGUGUAAUUUAGGAAAAUAACUUCAGAAAACAUUACGGAGGAGAUUUUUCUCAGCAGAUGUUCCUUUUGCUAAUUUCCCCACUUUGGGAUGAAUGAAGAUUUACCGUUUCUCGCUGUAGAGGCAUGGGACUCGGACUCAAGUUGUACAGAUACGAGACCGAACUCAGACUCUAGAUUCUGGGCGUUACAAGCAGCUCAUCCAUCUAUCUGGAGUCGGGUCGCAGGGGGGCGGCAGCCUAAGCAAGAAAACCCAGACUUAGUGACUUCGUCCUGCUCUUCCCGGCGUUCCCAAGCCAGACAUACAGUCUGUUUACAUGACACUCAAGAAAACCGAAUUAUCGCCUUACUCCGAUAAAGACCGGACAACUGAAGGUCAUGUAAACACCUUAGUCUGACGAUAAUCACAGUUUGAGAACUCUGAUUAAGACACCCAGAUAAUGCGAUUGGAAUUUAAUUUUCUCUACCAUGUAACCAGCGUAGUCGGAGUAUGAUCGGACAAUGCAUGUGCGCCACGCCCCCGUAACCCCUGAACAAAAACCCCAGAGUAGAGGAGUAGCGUUCGUCUCAUCUACAGAAAAAGUAGCGCGUCCAUCAUGUCGGACAAAAACAACGCUGUACGAUGCUCCAUCUUCUUGUUUCUCCAAAAUGACCCAUAUCGCCCCCUAGAUUGGGGAGGAGGACACGUUCACGUCAAUAAUUCAGUUUUCUCAGCUGCAUGUAAACGAGGACAAGGAGAGAAGUCUGAUUCAGAGAAAAACGGAAUUAUGAGUUUAGUCCGAUUAAGCUGUGCAUGUAAACACACUGAGUGUCUCUCCGGCGUGUCCUGGGUCUUCCUCGUUGUCUCCUAGCAGUGGGACGAGCCUCAAACACCUCACCAGCGCGGCGUCCAGGAGACAUCCUGGUUAAACGCCCAAACCACCUCACCAGACUCCUCUCAGCCUGGAGGAGUCCUGGAGGAAACUCGUUUUGGCGGCUCGUACCCGCGAUCUUGUUCUUUCGGUUUCUACCCACAGUUAUGACCAAAGGUGAAGGUAGGACCGUAGAUCCACCGGUAUAUCAUCGAGAACUCUGCCUUUCGGCUCAGCAGUGUGACCGUGGACAAACAUCCUCCUUUUUAAUCCUUUAAGAUCCGAUCAGGAAUACUUCGCCUCUGUUUUACCGCUCUGCUGUCGUAGUUCAGUUUUCAACGUUACAACACCUGAAAAACACUUAAAUGUAUGUUGUUAAAAUGAAGAGAAUAACUGGGAUACAGCUACUGGUAUGUUGGGAUAUUUUCUUGACCUGAUUGUGGUUCCCUGACCCCUCAGAGUCCCGAGGGUCAGUCCUUAUGUUCUUUAAAGAGGGUAUUUUGAUUUUGGACAGGAUAGGAGCGGCACGGGGAGUGGGCGGAGCCUCAACUCAGCACUUCAUAGCCGGCGUACAGUAUCUCUCUGCUUCCUCUCCCUCAGACAUGAUAAUAAGGAGCUUCUUUGAGCAGCACUCUGCUCAGAUGGGUUUGGACCGGAGCCAGUAGAAGCUGUGACCACGGCGGCGGCACCACAGCUGUAAAUUACCACCGAAGCCCCCUCACACAUCCAUCACGCUACGUCUCCUGUUAAAAAUCAAUUCUGAAGCGGUGUAAUCUCGCUCGUAUUACGCUGAAGUUCUGCUCUGUUAAACACAUCUGUCAUAUCCCAGUUUGACUGCUGUGUUCCUCUCGUCCAGCAAUUAUUGUCUCCUCUCCUCAGAUAGAUGCACUUCAUCCAAAUUGUUUAACCGUUCUUAAAAAAGCGUUUGUCCGGAGAGGAUAAACGUUGUGCUGCAUAGCCGGCCUCAUAAAUAUUGCAGAAGCAAAGAUAGAAAGAAAAAGAGAGAGAGAGAGAGAGAGAGAGAGAGAGAGAGAGAGAGUGCUCGCCGUUUGCUUUGCAGCAGGCUGGUGAGGGUUUGGCAAGGGUUUGUUGUUGGCAUUAACGGUGAAGGAGAUAAACAGUGACUCACAGUUUUCUGCAGAAUAAACAUCCUUGGAGGGGUGAAAGUGUUCACACAACAUGAAAGUCUUAAAACUGCCAGUUAUUGCCUUCGUCUGGAUGUCAGGCGUCCAAGAAUUAAGCAGAGAUCUGCGCCUGCAGGAGCCAGAGAAGCAGCCAUCUGUCAUGGCCUUUGUCCAGUCCUCUGCCUGGUAUCUCUGGUUGCAGCAGAGCUGUGGAUAAUGACUCCUGUAUGGAGAUGAGACGCUGUGUGGCAGCCCCGCUGGGCCCCUCUUCCAGGGCGGUCUCAGCGCCCCAGUCUUGGCUUUUGUGAUCCACAAACUUCAGCAGCAAAGAGCAGUGGAGCCGGAGCCCGAGGGGAUGGGAGAUUUGGGAAAGAUCCACAGUGAAAAACUGGCUUUUCUUUAACUCAAUAUUUCUGCGAGGCUUUAAAAAAUACAACGCCAAACACCAGAAUGGGUUCAGCGACGCAGUCAGUGCCAAGAGCCGACUUCUUAACGGUGUCAAAAGGUUUUUCUUCUUCUCUUCUCGUCGUCUUUCCUUUGCCCUUUCUAAAGAUUUUGCUGCUUCUUCUUCUUCUUCUCUCUCAUCGUUUUCUUCCACCAUCUGAACCGUCACAUCUGCAGGAUGAAACCGUAUUUCCAUCGCCUGCUCUCAGUUGUUUGACUUUGCCUUGGGCGGGCUGUUUUCAGUCGCUCCUUGUGCUUUUACCUCUGAAGAGUAUGGCGCGAUACUCUCACAUUCAGAGCCACUGUGAGCCAAUUUGCAGGUCUGACCUCCGGGGUGGGAGUCAGAUCAUUUAGGUCCCUCACAUCAAGAUUUUGUGCACUCAGACAAUAGUGGGGUGAAAAGUCUGCUGUGUGGGAAGUCAGGUGAGUUAGAAAGUGAGCUGGAAGUGAUUUUGAAGUAUCCGUGUUUGGGUUCGCUGACAGCCUACACAUCCAUUUGGCAAAUGUCAAAUCUAAACUGUUUUAACCUGCAAAGUCCUGCUGCUUCCUCUGUCACCCACCUCCACCACGGCGCCUUUUCAGGCUGCCUCUGAAUUCAACUGUGGCGUUUGUAGGGUUGGGUACCGAGAACCGGUUCUAACGUCCAGUUCUGGAACUGUGAAGCAGAUUUCGGAGUCUAACGUACCUGCACUAGUUUGAUUUCGGGUCGUCUGUUACUCGCCUGAACAUGGACGGAGUAGCACAGUGCAUCAUCUGCCAAAAAAGCAAUUUCCUCCAAGAAAGGAUGUACGGAGUCGGAAUAACGGAGUGCCCUAUUUUUGACGUGCUGUGCAGGUUUUCCUCUAACCAAUCAGAAUCAGAGAAAUCAAACAAUAAACGACGUCUGUCUUCUCUUCACGUUGAAGCAGUGGACAAAAUCUACUGUGUACGACGGGUCAACUUGAAUAUCCAACUAACGUUAGCCCGUGUUCUUUUCAUAGACAAGCGACCUGACGACAAAGAUUGAUAUUUAUAUACUGGUUGAAAAUAACUCUGUGUGAAAUUUAUAGUAAAGUUUAGUAAUUCAUGGAGAAGUUCAGACUUUUCACCCAAAAAAGAAGAACUCUGCUUAGCGCCCUCAUUAUAAAAAGCAUUUUUUUACCCUGCUUCUUAAAGAAUCGGAAUAGAGAAACGUUAGGAACCAGAAUCAAAGCGAGAAUUCAGAAUCGGAUGUGCAACCAGAAUCGUUCAAAUCGAAAUGAUGCCGAACUCUGUCUGUCUUUGCUGCUGCUCUCCCUGAAUUUACUUUUCAUGCACCGAAACAGAAACUAAAGAUGUGCUCCUGAAAACGAUUCCUCGAUUACAAAAAAUGAUCGGGGAAUUUUCUCUGCCUCUAGUUCUCGUUUAUAAACUCAGAUCGUCACUGUUUCACACGGAUUACUUUCAAGGUGACACAACGUGCUUACGUCACCACGGUAGAAGGAGGAGAAAGCGCCGUUUUGGUUUUGCAAAGUGGAAAAAUGAAUGAUGAGACGAACUUUUCUUCUGCAGAGUAGUGCUGCAACUAACGAUUAUUUUUUUGUCGACUAGUCGUCCGAUUAAUCACGAUUAAUCAAUAUCUUCUUUAUUUAUAAACACCUAUUUCCGGGGUGUCGCCAUUUCAGGUGCUCAUGCGUCGUCGUGGUGCCGCCAUGGUAGGAAAGCUGAGCUUUGAUCGACGUGUUUUUUCGGUUUGUUCUCCGUAAAAUGUUCCCAAACUUUUGAAGUUUUGGGUCGGAGUUUUGGAGCGUCUUUUUCCGUUUGUUCUGCCAUCAUGUGUGCACUCUUCUUCUGUGUUUGCUCGCGGGAUGUAAAUUUAGUAAUUUGUCGUGUCGAUGUAAUUGAUUACGUCGACUAAUCGUUGCAGCCCUACUGCAGAGCUCCCGUAGCUCAUUUGCAGUUCACCUCUGAGUCGUGGGCGGAGACAGCCAUGCUCCGCACAUGACGCACACCGCAGCCUAACAUCGCUGGUGUUGUAGAAGAAGCAGGUAACAUCGGAGCUAUUCAGUUCUCGGACAAUAAUGACUUUAGGGACAUGAUGAAAGCUAACAUCAUAAUCAGCUUUCUUACAAGCGUUGUGAUUACUCGAUGGAAUAUUGGGUAGAAUACUCGAUUACUAAAGUUUUGGAUACCUGCAGCCCUGCUCCCCCUGCCUCCACAGAAUAGAGGAUUGUUUUUUUAUAUCAUGCUUACCUCUGAAAAACCUGAAACACCAGAGAGAGUCAUUUCCAGCUCUCCACCUUGCAGGAUGCACCUUGUUUUGUAAUGGUCAUGUAACAGCUUGUAGGCAGAGAGGGGAACAGGUGUUGUGUUGGUGGUGGUGGUGCAGGUGGAGGCUGCUGGUCGGUACCGGAGCACAUGGUUCUAUUUUUAGACACCCAGCACUGCCAGGUUAUGUUUGCGUGUGAUGAGCUGGGACAGCCUCGGCAAAUGGACCUGUCUAAGAAGUGGUUAAGGAGAGGAAGAGGUGGAGGGGAGGGCGGGGGCACGGGGUGAGGUGGAACAGGAAAGACAGGUAAUUGUGUCUCCGGGGGGGUCGAGCCAGAUCUUUCUCUGAUCUACCACAACAGGAGAAGCAGGAGAGGAAGAAAAAAACGGUCUUCUUAGUCCGAGCGGCUGUCAGCGCUCAGCAGGAGGAGAGGAAACAGGAGAGGGAAGUAUUGACCCAAGGUGAUCUGAUUCGUCCUCCUCGGAGAAUGAAUGGGAGGUUCUGUUCUUAUCAGACGCUCUGCCUCUUCACUUACACCGGCCCCUCAACUUCGCCGAAGGCGGCCCACACUCAGCUGAAAUAUGGGUCAUUUCUCUGCUGUGCAUGAAGCCGACUCCGUGGAAUUCUCCAUUCGCUGCAGCAAAGAGGCGGGUGGAGGAGAAUUCUCCAUAAAAACCCCGAGAACCUUUUUUAUUGACUCGGGUUAGGCUCCUGCUCUUUGACUGCUGCAGACGUACCAGAGCUCCAGGUGAAGGCCUUCAGCUGAGCUUCGGUAUGAAACUCCACCCACCGCUCAAGAAGCCUGAAGACUGUUGAAGACAAGACGAUGCACACAGGUUGGACUGAAUCGUUCGGUAGCAUCUCAAAUGUGAUUGGUCGCUUAGAGGAGCAGAAAAUCAGACUUUUGAGAUGAGAUGAGAUUCAAUUUAUUGUCAAUGUACAGUACAAGUACAAGUAUUUUCACAUCUCACCAGAGUGCAGAGUAAACAUGUCAGUGCUAGAAAUUGAAUAAAUAAUAAUGUGCAUUAUAGCGAUAAAUAAUAAAUAAAUGCAUUCAAUACUGUCAAAUUAAUAUUGCACAGAAGUGCUAGAUUAAGGUCCAGGUCCAGUGACCAUAUUGCACAUGUCCACAGGAUGAGUUAGCAGAAAAUCAGACUUUUGCCUUAUAUUCAGACGAGGCAAGCGCUAAAAUAACUUUAGUAGAUGUAGCCGUAAUCGAAGAUGGUAACAAGAUGGCUUCAUCGAGGAAAGUUACUUUAGCACUUGCCUUUUAUUUGGACGAGGCACCUUAAGCGUUUACCUUAUAUUCUGACGAGGUAAGCACUAAAAUAACUUUUGUAGCCAUCUUGUUUUCAACUCCGAUUUUGCUUUUUUCCGACUUGUUAACUGGAACCCUGGUAACUCAGGUGUGACGUCAUUUUCAGCUCGGACUUCUGACUUCCGAUGAAACUCAAACGCAGCGUUUAUCCUCUUGGUGUUUGCAGACUCGGACAGGUGUUUCCUUGUUACACGGGGAACCUUUUGACAUUUUGGUCUUUAUAGUUCAUUCAAGACCAGAAGAGAAAAUUGUCGAUUGUUUCAUUUAACUCUCUAUUCUCUAAGUUUUCACCCAGAGAAGAUCGAUUUUUAAGACCAUGUUCCCCCCCGUCCCUCCUUCUCCAAACAUUAAACCAGUUUCAGAGACACCUGCAGACCUCUUACAGGUGUCGUCUUCACACCUCAAGGAUUCACUCAGAAAAAAAAAAAACACUGAAGGAGUCACAGAACGAGAAAUGAAUUUGUGAAUGAGAAGGAAAAAAGACCUUGUAUUACUCUGCAGAAAUCUGUUUCUCUCUCUACCUUUCACACGUGUCCUACAGGUGAUCAUUCAUGGGUGUCAGUGUCAGAUAUAACCUGGGAUACUGUAGCUCUGAAAAUCACAGACAGACAGACAGCAGGUGUGGACAAAACUCGAUCCAUGACGUGAACGGCGUAGAAAAUGUUUCUGAUGAAUCUGUAAAUACGCCACCUGUGACACGUCCGAAUCAAAGAAAGAUCCCGCCUAUCUGUGACGGCGGUCUCUCUGACCCGUCUGGGCCGCAUAAUCGCGCGGCGUCCCACAACAGCUGCCAGGAGUCUAAACCCACAGCAGCAGCACCAAUCCCGGCCUAUCUGAGCGAAGAGCAAACCUAAUCUGCUGUUGGGCAGAUUAACAGAGGACCACAGCAGCAUGGAAAUGAGGUUAGGCAGCCAGCGUUUCAAAGAAGCUCUCUGUAAUCUCCAAAUCCCUCCAUCGAGGUCACCCAGAGGAAAACCGAUGGACCGGUGACCGACUGCUGUUUCAAUUCACGCCACCGUGUCCUAGUUCAGGUGAAAGACAGACCAGAGCUUUAGUGAUUCAUUACGACAGAAACGCGGCGGGAUUUCUGUCCAGAACUGGAGCGAUUACAUCAGGACGCUUUGACCUUGAUUCGUCAAAGUACGAAUCACUUGUUGCGUCACGGUUUUGGUGAGUCUCUGGUAUGAAAUAUAGACGGGCGUUUAGCGUCUCUGCUGCUCAGAGCUGCUCUGCGAACUCUCAUCCUGACGAUCUUAUCUCUGUCAUCUUCAAUCUGCAGAGCUUCUACACCUCACCGCCAUCUAAUCCAGGAACAACAUCUCCGCGCUCUCGUCUCCCCUCUCUGCUGCGUGUCACUGCGCUCGCUCCGGGUUACAUUGUGAGCCUCUUUUUAAGCUAAUUUGUUGACAUUUCGGGACCCUUGUAAGUGCGCGAAAUGAGCCGUGAGCGCUUCUUGUUUGUGAACUAACUCCGGAUACACGAACAUCCCCGACCGUGGGGAGAGUCGGGGCUUUGACUGUGAUUCACAGGCAGAUUUGUCGGCUUGAUUGACACGAGGGAUGAUGAUAUCCUCAGGAGGACUAAGUCACAUCGAGUCUAAAUUUAUGUUUCGUGUCUUUAUUCUCAGAUUUGACUGAGCCGUGACUCAGACGGGGCUUUUGCAGCUCCGGUUGUAACUUUGCCUCCGGCCUCACAGUUCUCUCCUGCACCCCCAGCAAAGACACACCUCACAGUCCCCACGCCUGCUGUUUUGUGUAACAUCACAUCCUCUUACUUCAUUUUCACACGUUGGUGUGGGUUUUUCAGGCUGUUUCAUUUACAAGCUUUGAGAUAAAACCGCCCGGUGCUUCGUCUGGAAGCUGACACUUGUGGAAAUGUUCUCGUGUUUACUCCACCCGGGUAUCAUGUCUGUGUCGGCUGUUUCAGAAGAUGGUUUUAUGAGGGUUAAAGAAGCAGCUGAUUGCACCCUUGUUUGUGUACAGAUGUCUUUGCAAAGAGCCACACCUUUAAUUACUUUGUGAGGUUUUUUGCAAUAUCCUGAAACCUCGGAUCAGACGCUCAGACGAGGAUCACCGCUGAGUGGGUUAGAAGUGAUGACACAGCUGGGUGUGGAUGGUGCCUCAGACCACUUUAAACUUCAGUGGUGUUGGAGAUUAUUGGGUAACUUCACCUUGAUCAUCGUUGUUGUCACUGAAAGAUUUUGGCCAAAAAGAAAAUCCAGAUUUUUUUUCUCAGAAAACUCAAUUUUCGAUUUACAACUUCACUGUUUACAGUCACCUGAAACGCAGAUACAACAAAAAACUUCAGCGUUUCCUCCUGAGUUUGUUUCCAUGGUGACGGGUUGAUACCGCCUUCGGACAGACUUUACAGCGGGGAGUGGUUUACUCUUCAUCUGAAACUGUGAAGUUGUACCAAUUCAACACGACUGACUCGCUCUUGUCCUAUUUAACCACGAAAUUAUCGCCUUCUUUUGCAAACGCCAUGUUUGUUUACACUGGGGUGUGUGGGAACUGGGGGGGGGAGGAGCCUACGGUGGCCUGGAGGAAAAUCAAUUUAAGGAAUUGAAUUUUUUUAACAUCGUCAUAAUCAAAUAAUCGGGGCGCCACAGCCUGCGAUGAACUGUUCCCUGCCUUCGAAGAUGCUGGGAUAGGUUCCAGCUCCCCCGCGACCCUGGGAACGGGAAUAAGCGAUAGAAAAUGGAUGGACGGAUAAUCAAAUAAUCCGAUUAGGAUGAAAAAAUUGAUUAACCCUGCAGCUUUACUUAUUUAUACACCAUUGUCGUUACAGAGAUCUUUGCUGUUGCUCUCCCUGCCUCUGCUGGUUGUUUGGUGAAAUUGCAUGCUCUAUUAGAUAUUUUAAUCGUCUUGUAUCAUAUGUCUGCUGUUCAACAAGUCCAUCUAACAAUCAUGUUCAUUUCCUGAGCUCUUGGCGUUUUAUUGCGGCGCUCUCUCUCUCUCUCCCUCAGUCUUUUUCCUCACAGACUCACAGAAGAUCUCUGAGGACAAAAACCCAAACCACCAAAUCUAAUUUAUUUCAUGCUUGUAAAUAUCUCUGUUUACUGAGGUAGUCCUGGCUGAAAUGUUUUAUCUGGUGGUAAAUUGACUCUUAAUUCUCAGUCGACGGUUUAGUUCUUGUAGGAGGAGCAGAGACGUGCCGUUGAUGAACAAGUUCGGCUCUUAUUUAAGUUGGAUUAGGCGACGCUAACGCGCCCGUCUCUGCGUGUUAUGCAAAUACACCCACACAUUUGGUAACUGACACACUCUGUCUGUCUUUUGUGGAUCCUUGUGCAAACACUGACUGACAUGUGGCCUUUUGUCAUCAGUUAAAUAGAGCACUAAAAGGCUACAUUAAAUUUAAUGGGGGAUUCAGUGCCAGGUGACAGAGUUACAGCCCCCUUCUCCCGGCGCUCUUCACGCCUUCCCCCAUUAUCUCAGCCUACAACGCUUUAUUCUCAUGUCACUUUAAGACGUUUUGGGGCCUGUCAGUGACAUGUUGGAUGGAGACCAUAUAGCCCGGGUCCUAAAUUUCGCUCCUCCAGCAUCUUGAAUAUUAACCGAGCUGAGUUAGUGGAUGUUGAGCAGAAGAGAAGAACAGACGACUGUGUUUGGUAGAGACUUAUUUUCAGCUCAGUUACAGUGUCUCAUCUCGGCGUGUGUGUGUGUGUGUGUGUGUGUGAUUUGGCAGAGAAGCUGAAUCGGUAUGAGCUGGCAGAGGCAGAGCUGGCUUUUCCUAUAGCACAUGUGCAGAGUGAAUUUUCUAAUACCAUGUGGAGACGUCCUCUCCGAAAUUCAGAUUUUGGAUUUAAUGUUUUAGCAGUUCCUUAUUCCUUAUCAUAGAUGCAUCUUUAUGACUCAGUUGGACUCUAAAUUACAGCGUUUUUCAAACUGGAUGGUCUAAUACAGAUAUGAGCUCCUAUGAUCCCUUUGUAAACACCAGCUGAUUGUUGCGUUGUCGGUUUGUUUACAUGCUGUGUCUGAACAUGAUCUCAUCAUACAAUCAUGAACUGAUGGAGGUGUCCAGAAGCAGCCGAUGUGCCCAUGAUGGCCCAUGUUUGUGAUUGGUCCAUGCUUGUAGCCUCCCGUCUCAGAUUUGGUGACCGACACUUGAAUUGUUUCCUGCACACACUGUUUUUAUACCUGUAGACCAUCUGUUAAAUAGACGCUCCCUCGUCUCCCAUCGUGUCCUUGCACCUGCAGCGUGUGACACAUGCUCCUCUGCAGGUGUGCUACGUCUCACGUUGAAAACGACCUUCUCGUCCCUCCUCUACGCUGACGCACAGCUGGUUUCUGCUCAUCUCGCUCUGCGUCGGUGUUAAUCACCUGUUAUUGAAGAGAGAAACAGAGAUGUUAAAACAGUGACUCUGAGUUUGAAUCUGUGAGUUUUUCCGCAUCAUUUCCCAGAACUGGAGGUCAGACUCGGGGCCACGUAUCGGUGUCAGUCCCUAAUGAGGCGGACUUUAACCUUUCAGCAUGCUGGUGUCAGACUGGAGCCAAAGUUCAGCCUCACACAGCGGGUAAUAUAAGAAUCAGAAAGGACCGGAAAAUCUGGACUGUCCCGGAGGGUCAGAUUGGUUUGAUACGUGACUCCCAUGGACAAUUUUUAUAGCAUCCAGAAUGGCGGCAAUUUUCACUGUCCACCAAUUCUUACUGAAUCAGUUUGUGAGGUGAAUUUCGUGGCAGAUUAUGGACAACGGUAAUCACGAGAACUCACAAGAGCUCAAGGAUUUACAUGCAAUCGCGCGAUAAUGAGUUGUCUCUCUGAAGACAGACACAUAGACAUAUAAGCAGUAGAUUGUGUCCUUCCAGAGGAGGAAAUCUACUUCUAGACUUCUAGAAUCAGCAUCUCCUCAUCCAUGGUGUCAUCGGGGUGAAAUGACGUCUAAAAACCUUUCACUUGUUCGUCUCCGCCCGUUUGCAUGGUGUGAAAUACGAUCCUCCUGAAACACGGAGUGUUUUAUUUUGAAAAGAAGCCGGAUGUUUUAUUUUGUGUCUGUGCCCGACUUCCUUUCCAGCACGGGUUAAUCUGUGCUGAAUUUAUCCGCCAUGCUCCGGCGUCCAGAAAAAAUAGAACUCUUUCGAUCCGCAGCAGAACGGAAAGAGGCCGGUGGAAAUUGACACGUUUACGUUACAAUCAGUUAAGAUCAGCUACGAUCGGCGGAUACGAGCACCACGGCGAUGCAUGAGCACCUGAAACGCCUACACCCCGGAAAUAGGUGUUUAUAAAUAAGCAAGAUAGUGAUUUAUCGUGAUUAAUCGGGCAACUAGUCGAUAGAUUAGUCGACAAAAAAAUAAUCGUUAGUUGCAGCACUAGUUAAUCUGUGCUGGAUUUAUCCGCCAUGCUCCGGCGUUUUGGGGGUAAGGCUGAGCUGCGUCAGUUUUAAUCCAGGUGUAAAAAUAAAACCCAGAGAGCUGAUAUUCCCUGGUUUUUAUUCCUCACUCGUCAUGUUCUUGUGUCGAUCUUCUACCAGCAUUUGUCUGAUUAUCACUGCGGUUCGUCUGCAGCUCCAGAGGAUAAUCAUUUCUAGAUAAUGAACGGUUGUAGGACAGUCUUUCAGCCGGAGAACAUCAGAAAUGCGUGCACGUCAAGUGGCUAUUACAGGAGGAAGGCGUUUGAAUUGGAGGCUUUCACCGUCGGCGUCCUUUUACUCUCCUUCCACAUGUGAUCGCGCCCCCAUCUGUUCAGACUCCAGAUGAUUCUGUCUUCUAUUUGCUCGCCUUCCUUUACUGUCUGUCUCAAUUACUCUCACCCGCCCAUGUUCUGCUUCCACCAAACUAAACAUGUGCACACAUUAGCUGCAAAAGUUCCCCUCUCUCCUUGUCUUGUUUUUCAAGGUCUUGUUGAGCAGCGAGAAAAGGCCCAGAGGAAUAUCAUGGCGACGUGCGCUGAAAUUUUAAUCAGGGGGAAAUGGGGCGGCACAAUCUCGCUUCUUUUUAGUAUAAAUUUGCACAGAUGGACUCUUGCUGCUUGUCAGGUCCUUGUGUGACACACUGAGGGCAUCUGCCUGUGACAGAACGAGGAGAAGAAGAAGAGUGGUGGGGGGUGAGAGGGGGACAGAAGCAAAGCUGAAUGGAUUUUUAUAUUCGCCUGCUAAAUGGCAUCUCUUUGUCACAACCAAGGCCAGAGAGGGGAUGGAAGAACGGGUUAUACAUCCGUCACACGAAGAGGCGGGAGGAUUUCAGGGUUUCAGACGAACGUACAGAAACCCUUCAACCGAGAGAAACUAACAAUAUGGAUCCAAGAACGAGUGAAGACGACAGAAAGACCUCCAUCAUUCAUCGCACAACCUUCAAAUAUUUGUCAAAUAUAUAAAUAAUGUCUAAAAAUAAACAUAUAUGCAUUAAUUGUUUUGGUCAUUAGAACACCCCAAUUAUGCUAAUUACUCAAAAGUGAUGAAAUAAACCACUCAGACAGAACAUUACCAGGCCGUUUGUAUGUUUGUACCUCAGGAGAAAUGGGAGUCAGUUAGAGCCGCACGAUUUUGGCCAAAAAAUAAAAUCCUGAUUUUUUUCUCUGGAAACUAAAUUUUCAAAUUCGAUCUUUGAUUUAGUGACAAUUUCAUUAAACUUCAUCAAACGAUGUAGUGCACAUGCCAAGACAGUAAGUGGCGCUGUGUGUAAAGGUCACAUGAUCGUUUCCAGAGAUGCAGAUAAACAUCCACACAGAGAUGAAAUGGUCGUCGUUUACAGAUUUAUUCUCUGACCUGUUUUUUAAAAAGUACCUGAAACGCCGUUUUCGUGUGAAUGAAACGCUGUUACGACAAAAAACUUUAGCGUUUCCUCCUGAAUUCGUUUCCGUGGUGACGGGUUGAUACCGCCUUCAGACAGACUUUACAGCGGGGAGUGGUUUACUCUUCAUCUGAAACUGUAAAGUCGUACCAAUUCAACACGACUGACUCGCUCUUGUCCGAUUUAACCACGAAAUUAUCGCCUUCUUUUGCAAACGCCAUGUUUGUUGGUUGGUUCAUGGUGGCCUGGAGGUGCGAGACAUGAUAGAGAGGAAAAUUGAUUUGAUGAUUUUAAUUUCUUUAACAGCGUCAUCAUCAAAUUAUCCGAUUAGGAUUUAAAAUCGAUUAAUCGUGCAGCCCUAGGGUCAAUGGGGCUUCCUGGUCUUUUGGAGUCAGCCUCAAGUGGACACUUGAGGAACUGCAGCGCUUUUGAACCUCCAUCAGAAAUAGGUGCAGAUGCCUACUUUUUAUUCCCCUUAGAAAUGAAUCUUGACACAGAUUUUACUCCCUGACCGUCACAUUUAGAAAUAUCAACGAUUAAUCAUCGACUGUUUAAAGGAAACAACAUCAAGUCUGAUGUUAUCUGAAGCAACAUGAUGGAUAGAUAACAGAUGGUACCAAAACUGUUUAAUUUGAGAUCAUCUUACAGGUCAUCCAUAACGUUAUAAAGUCCCAAACCAUUAAACCUUAAAUCACCACAGUUGUUUUAUAGAGAUGAUGAAGUUUCAGUUUCAGUCGAGAAAACAACAACCAGGUAGCUGCUCAUCCAACCCUAAUUAAUAUUAAAUAUAUAUAUUUUUAUAUUAUAUUAAUAUCUUUUCAUCCCUCAUCAGGUUAUUCGGUUGUUUAUCAGUCGACUCUGAUUCUCGAUCACAGGAACGUUCACCUCAGAUCACCCUGAGUGUAAAAAUUAGGGUCCAUUAGUCAUUUUGGCGUCAUGCUCUCCUGAAACAGCCCUCUCUAAUAAUUCAGAGUGUUUCAUUCAGGCACUGAUGCCGUUUGUAUUUAAAGUGUUUCACUAAUUGCCCAUCACCAUCGGAGCUAAUUAUUCCUCCAUUGUGCUGUGAUCCUGUACUCCACGUCGCACAGUCUCUGGAAGUCGCUGUCUGUGUCGAAUGAGUAAGUGGAAGCAGAAACGGCGUCAGAGCUGCUGUGUGCGUGUGUGUGUGUUUGUGUGCGGUUGUGUAGAUUUAAGGCCUGCGUGGAGCCGAGCGUCGCGGCGUUGAUAUUCUCCUCACAGGGUCGUCGAGCAUGAAAUAGAAGAGCACGCUUUCUGAGGAUAAACUCUGCAGAAGUCUGUCGCUGUGGAGAAAUCUCUGAGCUGCACUUUCCUUUAUCUGUGUAAAAGCUUUUAAAGGGACAUUCCGCUCAUUUUACCCCCGACAGAAACAUCAUAAAAACCUCUGACAACUUCUGAGAGUCGUCUCAAAGUUUACGGUGCUCUUGAGUCGGUGGAGUAUUUGGGAGGUUUCUGGUGGGAGGAGGAAUCAGCCACAUCUGGCACUUGAGACUUGGCUGCAGAACAGCGUUGCAUUAACAGGCUUAUUUUAGAAAAGCACAUUCCCAAACCGUAAUCUGUGAUUAUGCAGAUCGACCGUUCAGGCUGUUCAGAGCAUCUUUAGUUUUUCUGAGACCGGUUUGAAUAGCUGUGUAAUUAUCCUGCUAAUGAGAUUCAUAUAUGAAAUUAUACACUUUAAACACGAGUUUAAAACUAGAUCGGUCGCCAGUGAUAAGACGUCCCUGUUAUUGGAGAGGAACAGCUGAUCUGUCGGCUGAGAUUAAAUAAUCCCAGAUGGAGACGGUUUGAAAUAUCACAGUUUCCAUGUUUGUUAGAUAUAAAGUCUGUUUUUAUUCUAGAUCAGUGAGGAGACAUGAAUGUGUCAGACUGGCUUUUUUCUGAGGCGCAGUCCUAAAAGUAGUGAUGCUGGAAACAUCCUGUUUUCAGAUGGGAAUAUUUCAAAAUAAAAGCCCUCCUACCGUCUGAGACGUGGGGACCUUUAUUGGGCUGAAGACAAGUGGGUCGGUCAAAACACACCUUCAUGCAGGUAGAACUGUUAGUGGCCCCGAAUUUCCACCAUAUCCAGAACGGCUUUAAUCCGGAACAGCAGCGAUUUUCACUGUCCGCCACUUCCUAGAGGAUCCGUUUGUGAAGCGAAUUUCGUGGCGGAUUACGGACAGCGGGAAUCGCCAAAACCCACCAGAACCCACAGAUUCACGUGCUAUUUAGUUGUCUGUAUAAAGACAGCCACAUAGAUAUAUAAGCAGUAGAUUGUGUCCUUCCAGAGGAGGAAAUCUACUUCUAGACUUCUAGAAUCAGCAUCUCCUCAUCCAUGGUGUCAUCGGGGUGAAAUGACGUCUAAAAACCUUUCACUUGUUCGUCUCCACCCGUUUGCAUGGUGUGAAAUACGAUCCUCCUGAAACACGGAGUGUUUUAUUUUGAAAAGAAGCCGGAUGUUUUAUUUUGUGUCUGUGCCCGACUUCCUUUCCAGCACGGGUUAAUCUGUGCUGAAUUUAUCCGCCAUGCUCCGACGUCCAGAAAAUCAUAACCCUUGCGAUCAGUUAUAGGGUCCGCUGAUCCGCAGAGGAACGGAAAGAAGUCGGUGUAAAUUGACACGUUAACUUGAAUGGUUAAGAUCAGCGAACAUGGCCUUUUCACCGCCGUUCCGGAUGUGGUGGAAGUCAGGGUUAGACAUGACUGCCGGCCAGUGCGUAAGUCAGCGGCGGGGAGCAGGUUUCCAUCCAGUUAGCGAACCCUUGACUCGGCGUGUCGUGCGUCUCUCGACUUCUUUUCCUCACUGACCGUUCGUGAUCUGGUUCAGACAAUGACACUGGUGGGGCGGCAGUAGCUCAGGAGGUAGAGCAGUCGUCCAAUAACUGGAAGGUUGGCGGUUCGAUUCCCCUCCUAUCUUGAGUUUGUCCGUUGUGUCCUUGGGCAAGACACUUAACCCACCUUACUCCCAGUGUGUGUCGUCCACUGGUGUGUGAUUGUGAGUGUUGUGUUGUGUGACGUCCCCUCAAACAGACGUCACAGCGAAGGUUUGACUUCUCUUGUGUCUGAUGGUCUCUGUGUCUGUUUGUGUUUCUCCACAGGGGGUGAACCGGGUGGGGAAGGACUCUCAGCUGGGACACGGCGGCGUGCGGAGGAAAGACUGGCACGACUAUGAAGCCAUCAAAAAAGAUUCCUCCAGAUACGGUGGGUUCAAACCUCCUCACAGGAAAUACGAGAGCUGUGUGUCUCAUCCAUCGUGCCCACAGUGUUUGUAGAGACGAAAAAAAAUCCACAUAUUUGCACAUUUAUCCGUUCACACGCAGCAUCUUCUUCCCUCAGUGGGACUUAUUGCUCCCCUGCUCUGCAGCGGCGGCGGUGUAAAUCUGCAGUUUGAACGCAGUUCCAGCGUCAUAAAUAUAGUUUAUAUCAGCUGAAAUAAUCACCUGCUCAGGGAAAUCAGCCUCUAUACAAACACGGUAAAUUAGAGCGAGUCGGUUUAUUCGUGGAAAGAGCUGCAGAGGCUCUUUUAUUUCUAAACCUGAUACCUGAGGAAGGUAACGGGGAGAAUUUCAGCCCAAUGAAACAGAAACCAUGAAGGUUGUUUUUUUCUUCUGUUCGAUAAUAAAUCUGCGCUGAAUGAAAGUUGAUGAUAAAACGUCGACUCGAGGUGUUCGUAUUUCUGUGGUCCGGGUUCAUCUGCAGGUUUUUCCUGCUUCACUUAUUUCUUAGCGGUUUAUUCAAAGGCUGUAAACGAAUUCUUCCUCCAUUUAAAGUCUUGGACGUGCACAAGUGAAUAUUUUCACCGUAUCCUCAGUUUUUCAUUUUCCAACUCCAAGCUGAAUAAAAUCGAACAUGUUUGAUUUAAACAUACGAGGUCUGCUCGGUUAUUAGGCAGCUUCUUUUCUUCAGAAAUGAGACCUAACAGACUCUGAAGGUCAAAAACUAUAAACCGUCUUUCAGAGAGAUGCAGCUAGGGCUGGGCGAUAUGUCCUCAAAUCAAUAUCACAAUAUAUCGAUCAGUUCACCUCGAUAACGAUAAAUGGACGAUAACUACUCCACUAUCUGCUCACCCCCUCCCACAUUAACUUUGUCUACUCCAGCCGCUCCAACUUUCUCUCCGUCCUCCAUCUCCUCACCUGUCUUUCCCUCUUUGUUACAGACUGGAUGGGGUGGAGUCACGUCUCUGAUGUAGGACAGCGUCUUAAAGGGACAUGAGACCAUAGCCUACCUACACACAUCCAAAAACAACUUUGAUUUAUUAAUUUUCUUGACACAGAAUAAACCGAUAUGAGCAACAUGAUGUUGGAUAUUGUCAAUUUCAGUAUCGGUAAAUUUUCCGUUUAUCGCCCAGCCCUAGUCAGACGCUCCCCUCACUGAUAUCUGUCAUUAAUUUUGCAUGUCUUAAAAAAUGAUGCAUCACAAAAGUAACCAAUGAGGUUAUCACGGCAGAAAGAAGACGCUAAAAUGAAGAAGGCUAGCUAACUGACUGUAAAAUCCACUCGCUUCGUGAGACCGACAGCUUCUCCGUUAUAAACUCUGAAAUUGUUUCUGCAAAAUUGAGGAUUUUUUUACUCCUAUAGAGAAGAUCAGGGAAAAUAAGUGAUGGUUUAUCAAUUUUUUGUCACAGAAUAUAGCGAUAUGGGCAAAAUGAUGUUGGUUAUUAUCUUUAAUUUCUGUAUUUCGUUUUGUUGCAAAUAACCAAAAAGCGUCAUCAGAAACUUGUCGAGAUAAAAAGACGCCAAUGACCUGCGACAGGUUUGAGAAGAAUCAAACCUGAACAGGAACUCUUCAUCCUCCAGUGCCGUCGCAAUCCAGAAAAUCACAACCUACCCGGAGAGUCCAGAAGAACAAAACUUAAUUUUCUUCACACAGAGGUGAAGGACAGAUCUGCAUCUUUCAAAGAGACCAUAAUCUUUAUUUGCAUUAUAAUUAUUUUAUUAUUGUGACUUUCAAAGAUGAAGAAAUGAUAUUUUAGUUUCUCUUGAAGUCGCCCCGUACGCACAGAUCUUCACUUUCACCUCCUCAAAUAUUCAGGUUUGGGGUUUAAGGACAUUCUGGAUUAGACCAAUCGCACUGUUGUCAUUAGAUACUAAAACUAAUCCUUUAAGAGUGAAACUUUACGAAUCAUUAUGUAAACAUGCAUGUAUGUUUGGUUAAAGAUUACUGACGCUCACUAAAAACAAACAUCCCAGUCGGUUUAACGAAUAUUUCAGUUUAACGAGGUUUACUAAACUCAGCUGAAGACCGGAUCACACGGUCCCCGAUAAAGAUCCUCAGUGACGUCUUUGUUCGGAGGUCAUGUUUGGAAACCUUGAGUUUGUUUGUGAAGUGAGCAAACAGGCGAAAAAAGGCCAAACUGAAAGAAAGAGAGGAACUCGGUUUUAAAAGAACGUGUUUUUGAUUUUUCAGCGAGCUCAUUUUUCUCCUUUUCUUCUUUAGUCUGAAAUUUUUGUUUUUUUUUUCCCACUAAAUUCUUGUUCUUGAGAGAAGAGCUGUGAAAAAAAGCUCCACAGGGCAAAGAUCGCUCUGCUCUUUAUCCGAUGAAAUUUGUGUUCGUUCUGUUUUUCUGUGUUCAUUUUAGGAGCAAACCCAAAGCUGCUUUUCUCACUCGGUCAGAAUCAGAAGUUUACAGAAACAGAAGUUUGCAUCAUUCCUGUCAUAAACGUGUGUGUUUGUUUGUGUGUUUGUUUGAUGCAUGCAGGUAACGGCGAGCAGGGGAAGCCGUUUCCUCUGACAGACGCGGACAGAGUCGCCCAGGCCUACAGGGAGAACGGAUUUAAUAUUUACGUCAGCGAUCGGAUCUCUCUGAACCGCUCCGUCCCCGAUAUCAGACAUCCAAAGUAAGUGCAGCGAGUUCAUCUGUGUCCUGAAGGUGUGAAACCGCUAAUGACCAAAAAUAUUCUGAUUAAAACGCCAAAUUUUGUAACAAUAACAAAGGAUCUGAGCAGAAAUCGAACUGGAUCUGGUUUCCUAAUUUCAGGUUGUUUCAGGAUGUUUAUGAAGUGAAAAACUUCCCUUUAAGGUAGGAUGUGUCGAAAUGAGAAUAUAUAUUUUAAAACAUGCAGCAGUCAGUCUUUUCUCAGUGCAGCUCUGAAUCGAUACGACGAUACUUAACGGUACGAUACUGAACAUGUGCGACCAAAUACGGUUAAUUUUAGGACUUAAUUUUAGAAUUUUAGAUUUUCUGUAAAAACCCUGAACUACUGACCGUGCUACUCUCAUGCACAAGUCAAAGAACCUGAAGUGGAGAGUCCACAGUUCGGUCUGUGGACCUGCUCAGAUUUAUACAAAUAUAAAAUCUUCAAAAGUGAAAAAACUGAGUUUUUAAUAAACUCUAGAUUUCAAAGUGAAACAAUCACACAUUUUAAAAGUUAGUGAGCGCUCGCAAGUGAUGAGAAGAUCAGUUCUUUUGACUGAAUCUUUAGAAUCCGUUCAUUAAAAGGAUUCGUUCAAAAGAUUCGUUCACUAAAUCAGUCAGUGCUUUGGAGCCCCGUCGUGCCGCUGCAGUACACCAGUGAGCGACACAGCGGUGAGUUCGUUCAUUGACAUUCACUGACUGUUUAUUUUCAACGAAACAUUCAUGAACGACACAACACUAGCACUUGCUGUCUGCAUGUCAGAGUUCUGCAGGGACAUAUGAAGCUGCUGUCUACCACACUGGAGCGACUAAAAAUCUGCUUUAUUCGUAUUUCCUAUGAACGAAGAAAAAGACUUGUUGGCUUUUCGUCGUCCAUCUUUUCUGCAGAAAGAUAACCGCUCUUCACCUCCAUCUCUGUUUCCCACGAUCACUCACUGAAUACUUAAAUAUUAAUAAGCUGUCAUCAUCUGUCUUUGACGUCUUCCUGUAAAUCAGAUUUUGAGUUUUUGCAUCAUGGUGUUGAUUUUUUUUUUAAUCUCUUCUCAAUCUUCCGAUAAUUUCAUCGACUUUGAUGAAAAUAAAAAAAGGUCUCCAGUAAAAACGUCUUUUUCUCUCCCUCCAAAAAUCCAUUUUCUUUGUUGGUUCGGUGUGAGUCGGGGGCAGGAGUGAACGGGUCUCAGAAGGCCGAGAGUCUGCAGGUUCUCAUUCCAGCCAAAGACUGCAGCAGCAGCAGCAGCAGCAGCUUAUUUCACAGAUUGGCACUCCAUCAAGUGCGGAGCAGAAAUGAAUCACCUGGUGCACUCUUUGGCCGGACUGAAAAAAGACUCCCAGCCCUCGGUGGCAGAUGGUUGUUUUUUCUCCAAAAGAAAAGGUUGACUCUUGGACGAGAGGCCGGCCUGAGAGCAGGAGCGACGGAGGGAAUCUAGGAGAGAUAAACGGACGCUGCUCUGUUUUCUCCCGCUUUGAACAGUUACUGUAUUAUCUCUGCUGCUGAAAUGUGGUUUCUGAUUUUAUUCAUGAUUUUGAGCCGACCGUCAGAUUUAGUUUGGGUCUAAUUCAAUUCAGCAGAGGGAGUCCUGACUCUGAACAGAACAGCUGCAAGAAUCGAAUCAUGAGGCUGGAGAGUAAAAACGGUCCAAAAGAAGUUAAUCUGCAGCAGAAAUCCCCGAACAGAACAAACACAGAACCAGAACAUGUGAGGAGAGUAACGGAGGAGAUCCGUUUUAUAAACCAUUCAGACUUUUUCAGUCUUUAAAACAUCAAGAAUCAGUUUUAUAUUAUAAUAACAGACCAACGUCCUCGUAAAGUCUGAACUCAUAAACACUCGUUCUUGUUUGUGACGUCUGCAGCCUCUUGGUCACACCGUCCUUUAGCUUUUCAGACAUGUGCACACCUGCUCUCCUUUAGGACAUAUCAGGUUAAUAUCUGCAUUAAUAAAAGAGUUUUCUCCAUGAUGGAUAACCGAGUUCAGAACAGACUGACCAACAGGCUGUCAGGGUUUGAAGUAGGGCUGAACGAUUUUGACCAAAAAUAAAAUCCAGAUUUUUCUCUCUGAAAACUCGAUUUUCGAUUUUUUAUUCAGUGACAACUUCACCAAACUUCACGUUAAUAAAAAGUUUUUCUAUCAUCUCUCAAAACCAAACCACUGAAACGAUGUAGUGCAUAUGCCAAGCCAGUAAGUGGCGCUGUAAUGAUCGUUUCCAGAGAUGCAGAUAGACAUCCACACGGUAAUGAAAUGGUCGUCGUUUACAGAUUUAUUCACUCUCUGACCCGUUUUCAAAAAGUACCGUUUACAGUCACCUGAAACGCUGAUACGACAAAAAAGUUUUGCGUUUCCUCCUGAAUUAGUUACCAUGGUGACGGGUUGUUGCUGCCUUCAGACAGACUUUGCAGCGGGGAGUGGUUUACUCUUCAUCUGAAACUGUGAAGUCGUACCAAUUCAACACGACUGACUCGCUCUUGACCUAUUUAACCACGAAAUUAUCGUCUUCUUUCGCAAACGCCAUGUUUGUUUACACUGGUGUGUGUGGGAACUGGGGAACCUACGGCGGCCUGGAGGCGCGAGACAAGAUAGAGAGGAAAAUUAAUUUGAUGAUGUUACAUUUUUUACCAUCGUCAAAAUCAAAUAAUCUGAUUACGACUUAAAAUCGAUUAAUCGUUCAGCCCUAAUAUCCUCCGUUUUUAACAUCAUAUUUUUUCUAACGACUGUUUGGUCCAAAUAUCCGUCAAACUAAAAACCGUAUGAUCCGCUCAGCUCCACCUCCUCCUCGGUUUCUACUUCCCCUUCUCUCCACUCUGGAUCAAUUCCUGCUCAUUACCCUGUUGAGCGCUGAUUGGAACAAUUGUUCCAAUUAUCAAGCUGCCCGAUCUAUUCACAGGGGAGAUGUAGCUUCACACUGACAGGAGCUGAUUACACUCUCGGCACAACAGGCAUGUUCUCAUAAACUUGUUCUUGACUGCAAUUAUCAGUGUCAUUGACGAUCCCCCUCGAGCCAAAGGUGUGAAGAAGUGAUGAUGGAUUUUUCUUCUUCUCCUCUGGUGAACUGGAGCCGCUUGGGUUUGGACUGGAGUCAGGUUUGAGACCACUGUGGUGAAUCUAGGAUAGAUAUUCAAGCUCAUAAAUGUCAGGAUACAUCGGUCAGGAAGCCGGUGACCCUGUUUGCACACUAAGUGGCCUGUUGUCACUAAACCCACCGUGACGGAGGGUUUCUGAGGGACCAGGAUGAUGAUGAUGAUGGGAGUGUUUGUAGCAGGAGGGGACUUCAGGGAUCUGUUCAAGAUCUGAGUGAAGAUGGGGGCCAGCUGGUGGGUGUAGACCAGGCAUGUCCAAACUACUCCACAAAGGUCCGAGUGGCUGCAGGUUUUCCUUCCAACUGAGCAGCAGCACACCAGACUUCAGACCGCUGAUUGGUCAGACUGCGCGCUCUUGAUUGGAAGAAAAACCGUCCGUUAACCCUUAGAACUCCCGCCUAUAUUUUGCUAUUUUUGGUCCGUCCGUCUGUCUGUUUUUUUGUUUUUUUUUGUAAAAAUCUCUGUAACAACUCAAACCAUCAAAGUCAACCAAAAAAAAAAAAAAAACGGAAAUUGAUCCCAACAGUUUUUUGCUCAAAAAACACAUAAAUCUACAGUGACCGAGCCUUUUGUCACCUGCACAUCAUUCUCUCAAGUCUUGGCUAUCAGGAGAAGAAAUAUUGGGAUUGGAACAAACACACAACAGAAACUGUUGACAUAUUUACACUCAUUCUUCCAGGUGUUUUUGACUAUUUACAGUUGUUUCUGCCACUCCUGGGAUGAGACAGAGGACCACAUCAUAGUGCUCAGAAUCUCUUCUCUGCUUGUUUCCAAACAUUGAGGACCAUUAUUUCUGAUUUUACAGACAAGCAGGGAACUUUCUCCUCUCUUGUUGAUCUUUGGCUUCCUCUUAUUGGACACUACAGUCAAGGGAACGAUAGAAGAAGAAUAUGAGACCAUUGCAAUAUGAUAAAUAAUCAUGUUCUCACUGCGGAUUUACCAUCAAACGUCUCUGAUCAAACACCUAUUUUUGUGUCUGGAUUGUAAACCUUGUGGCAGGUGUAGAAAUGUCUGGAAACCCUCGAUAGAUCGCCAAAAGGGUAAACUUUUAAACACUUUUUAUCCUGUAGAGAUAGACGGUAUAGUUCCUGUGAAACUGUAAACAAUAUUCAUGGUGUCACGUGGGGUCGCCGGUGAUCCAGCAGCGUUCUAAGUGUUAAAGGGUGUAGCAGUGGUCCAGAGUGUUGGUGUCUGUGCUCCGAUAAAUCACUUACUGAGAGUCUUAGUCAGGGAAAAAGUCUGUUUGUUUUCUUCAGCGGCUCGUUCGUUAUCAUGUUCUGUGUUAAAACAUGACAUGAGGGAAUUAUCAGUAAAAGCCCACAGUGAUAACAUCUGUCUGAGUCUGCAGGUUUCCACAGUCCUCAGUGGGCUGUUUCAUAGAUAAAUGUUUUUUCUUUAACAUCCGCAGACCUGCAGACUCACAGGUCGUACUCUCCUACAGCUUCUCUUUGAACUCGCUGUGAUGAAAAUUGACUCAUUUAUACACCGACCAAUCAGAGGCGACCAAAAUCUACCAGGACAGGCUGAUAUCCAAACAGUCCAGGUCUUAGAAAGUCCUCUACCAGACCUGACAGAAUGCUAACUCACCAGCUACACCUGACUCCUCUGGGUUCGGGUGGAUGAGGACAGCAGGUGAGUCUCUGUGAUUGGUCCAAGUGACAGCAGAGUGACGGCUGUCCGACAACCAGGGGCCACAUCAAUCCUCUUUGAGCCCAGACCCCCCAACAGCCUUCACUCUCCCUCCGUCUGAACGACACAAUAGAGAGAGAGGCAGAGAUAAUGACGCUCCCUACAGAUUCCUCCCUGACUCCUCCGAACAGGGAGGGGGUUAAAUAAAGGGAGGAAGGAUACGAGGGCGAGGGAGCAGGGAGCACGCUUCAUUACGUCGUAUUAAAACGAGGAACACGAUGUUCAGGCUGUGAGAGCGCGAGACGAGAAACACAAGGAGAAAAAAAACAAACAGGAAAGAGUUUUUCCUCUUUACUGUCAACGAGCGUCAACAUGACAUCAGUGCGUUUACGUGCACAGAUUAAUCGGACUGAGCUCAUAAUUUGUUUUUUUUUCGCCAAGUCUAACUUCUCUCCUUGUCAUCGUUUACAUGCAGCUGACAAAAAUUAAUAUUUAACGUGUCCUCCUCCCCAACACUAGGGGGCGAUAUGGGUCUUCUCAGUGGCGCUGUUUCCGACCCCAUACAACCAUCAUGUAGGACGUUUUUGUCCUCCAUGAUGGACGCGUUAUUUUUUCUGCAGAUGAGACGCACGCUACUCCUCUGGUGUUUUUGUUCCGGAGGCGUGGCGCACUCACAUGCAUUGUCUGAUUAUUCUCCAACUACGCUGGUUACAUGGGAGAGAAAAUCGAACUCCAAUCACAUCAUCUGAGUGUCUUAAUCGGAGUUUUCCGAUCCAAUCAGAGUUCUCAAACUCCGAUUAUAGUCGGACUAAGGUGUUUACAUGCAAUCCAGUUGUCCGGUCUUAAUCAGCGUAAGGCAAUAAUUCUGUUUUCUCAAGUGUCGUGUAAACGUACUGACUGACUGACUGUGCCCCCUUAUGGGUGGAAGACCCAAACCAUGGAACAAUGGAAACAAAUUCAGGAGUAAACACUAAAGUUUUUUGUCUGAUCGAUAGACUGUAUAUACUACGGACAACUUGGUUCCCCCUAUCGCCUGUAUACGGAUUUGAAGCCAAUAAGCUCUCAGUAUUACAGACUAACCUCCAUGUUUGCCUUACUAUAUCUAUAUCCAUCUACAUCUACAUCUAUAUCUAUAUCUAUAUCUGUAUUUGUCUCCUCGUGUCUGCAGCUGUAAAAAGAAGCUCUACGCAGAGAAGCUCCCCAACACCAGCAUCAUCAUCCCGUUUCACAACGAGGGCUGGUCGUCUCUGCUGAGGACGGUCCACAGCGUGCUCAACCGCUCUCCUCCGCAGCUCAUCGCAGAGAUCAUCCUGGUGGAUGACUUCAGCGACAAAGGUACCGAGGACACACACUCACACUCUCCCACCUGUUCACACACACACAGAUAGACGAGCGCUGAGUCACGUGUUUGUAAGUGUUAAAACACUUCAGAAGGGAGUCUGAUCCCAGCACAGGUCUGCUUUUGUUCAUCAUAAAUAAAAAACAAACACAGAGAGUAAAAACACAGACACACCGUGGAGUCUGUGGUUCUGGGACGAAUCACCGCGGCCCAGUUUGACUUUCACCACCCAGACCAGAGAGCAGCCGGCAGUGCUGAGCCCACAGAUCUGCUUUUAAGUGAGAGUGUGCAUGUGUGGAUCUAUCGCAUAUAGAAGGAAUAAAAGAUGGACAUGAGCAGCAACAUCACCCGCUGGUUUCUGCAGAGGCAUCAUGGAGCCCAGAGAUGGUGUUGGCCUGGUUAGAGACGCUUAGUCAUAGAAAGUUGAGUAGAUGAAGAGAAUGCAAAAUGUACUUUUCUGUGGCGUUUGCUCGGGGAAAGGAGCGGGAAGACUCGAGGAAUGAUGUUGAAAAAGGGUCGCUCUCGUGCCGACUGAAAGAGCAGAAGUUAGCGAGCGUGAAAGGCGUGAUACGAGUAGGGAUGAGAAUCGAUUACGGUUCUUUUUUAGAACCAGUUCCCAGUGAUUCGAUUUCUAAGACUUGUCUGUCUGCCUCCUUCUGCUUAUCGGUUCCUCUUACGUCUCUUCAGAACUUUCUAGCUUUUGAUGCGACACCACGCUAGAACUUUCUAGCAUGGCGUCGCAUCAAAAGCAAUCCAGAGUUUGACUGUAUUUCACGCGAAAAGAUGAUGUCGAAGAUACUAGCGACACCAAGAGGGGAAAUACUUCCGAUAUGUGGAAACGUUUGUCCACCCAGCAUGCAAUUAAUUUGCGGAAGUGUAACGUGUUUGAUACGCUAUUUACUGAAGGCGAGAUUGGUAAAGGCAAAAGCAGGAGCUAACAUCUCAACGUCUUAUUUCUCACUCAAUGAGAAUCGAUAAGGAAUCGUAUCGAUAAGCCGUAUCGGCAAAAGAAUCGCAAUCGAAAAACUCUUAACCAUUCCCAUCCUUAGAUACGAGGAAGAGUCAUCUGCUUCUGCUGACUUUAUUGAUGGAAAUAAACAUUUAAACGACGUCGUAAACAGCGUCAAAACGUCCCUCUAAAUCUAUAAUUUUAUCAUGUUUGUUUGAUUAUCUUUGAAGAGCGCUCCUCAACCAUCCGUCAGAUUUGUGUCCUUUUGAUGGAAAAUAAUCCACAGUCCGUCCCCUUCAUGUGAUAAUGCUCGUGUUUGAAGCCGCAGGCUGCGGUGACCUCCGAGCAGAUGGCGAUGACGAGGGCGGGCUGUGACCCGUGAGUGUCAGAGAGGUUAGUGAGAGCUGCUGUGGUUAAUAUUCUCACAGGCAGCUUAAUCAGUCUCAGCUCUGAACCUUUACAUUAUAAAUCCGAGGCCAAGUGCAAUAUCAUCAGCGGGGUCUGAGCCGAGGAGAGAACAAGAUAUUUAUCAUGAAGCUCAGCCCAUCGUCACUGAGGCAUAAUUUCCUGCUCACUUUCCCAUUUCCUUCGAUAUUAAACUGUGCUCUAAAAAUAUCUGAAGAAAGAGAGAAAAUGAAGAGAUCUUUUUAUUGGCCCUUCUGCACGACUGAGUCUGUUAUUGUUUUUGUUGUUGGAGGUUUUUAAGGACACAGGAGGUCAAACUCACACGCUCACAAACAUCACAAUCAUCGGCUGGUUUAACUGAUUAAUGAUUUUUAUUUUUUAAUCAUCAUAGGCUUAAAGUGCUGUCACAUGUGUUGUCUGAGCUGUAAUGCAGCCUCCUGCCACUAGGUGGGGCUGUAGCUCUGGUUGAUAUCUGCAAGGGAUGAAAAUCAACACCCGGUUCUUUUUUAAAACCGAUUCCCAGUGAUUCGAUUUCUAAGAAUUGUUUGUCUGCCUCCUAAACGAUUCUGCUUAGCGGUUCCUCUUACGCGCGAUGACGUCGUGUGCGUGAAAAGUGUGUUUUGGUUCAGAACUUUACAGCAUGGCGUCACGGCUAAAGCGCUUUUCUGGUCCAAGUUUGAUCAGUUGGUCCUCCUGUCGGUGUGAAGAGCAGUAGCCUACAGUAUAUCUACAGUAUAUAUAUAUUUUAUAACUUCAUAAAAAAUUUUAAAAAUUGGCCAACUAAUCGGUAAUCAGAUUUUUCCCCCCUAAUAAUCUGUAUCGGCAUCGGCCCCAAAAAAUCUAUAUCGGUCUGGCCGUAGUUUUUAGAUAUCGCUCUUAGUUUUCACACAGGAUUAAAACACAGGUAUCCUCUGUGACUGUUUCAAAGGUUCAUCUCAUGUGAUUCAGGUUUUUACAGAGUCGUUUUAAAGAUGUUAAAAACAAGUCCCCGCUAAAAGCCCCGCCUCCAGAUUUAAUGUUGGAUUUCAAGACUUUGUCCGUCUGAGAAUAAAACAGCAUUUUUAAAGGGUUUUAUUCUUCUGUUUAUGUCUGUAAAAGAUGAUGAAUGAAUGAAUCCUGGUCGUCUGACAUCUGAGUUAGAGCUGAGCAGAUCUAUGUUUGACCCCAGAUCGAUCAUUAAGAGCAGGUUUAAUAAAACCAUGUCAUUCUGUGUCGUAGAGGCAGAGAUGUUCCUGCAUCAUUAGUUUCCCUCCUGAUACCGAUCUCACAGCUGGACUUGAGUAUUGGCUGAUGCUCGACAGAGACAUCCACAUGUCCAGAUCUGAUGAUAAACGGGGGGAUAUUGUUUCACAGCGCCUCGUUCAGCCGUUAAAUCAAUCAUUCACUCGUGUUUGUGCUUCUUUUACAAUGUUUGAAGGAUUAUUAUCAGCUGUUUACGUCGCAGCAGUUGGUAAAACCGCCGUACUGGUUAGCUUCCUGUUAUCAGCUGUUGUGCCGUGAAUGAUUGGACCUGUGGCGUAAAGGUGCGAGGCGCAGACGCUCGUUUCUGUCGACCUCCUCAGUCACUGUUGUUGAUGCUGAUGAACAGUCUCUCUCUCUCUCUCUCUCUCUCUGGGUAAUUGACGCCCUGCUCCAUUAAUUAAUGCUGUUUCCUUUCCUACCUCACAGCCAACAUGAGGAAGAUAAACUAUUGAUGAGAUGCUUUCAGAGCGCAGUUAUAUUUUCUGGGGUGCUAAUUAGUACGGAGUCUCUGUGUAGUGUAAUUAUAGCCUCGCUGCAGAGACACAGCCUCCUCUCCUUUUUCUAAAGUCAUAAUUAAUACAACAUUUCAUAUUUGACUCAAAGGAUACCUGAUGAUUUAUAUUUGUCUGUGAGCUCUGCUCCUCCAGUUUACUUUGUCUUCUGUGUUCACGCUGCAAACUUUCCUCCCCGGGUCCAGGAGCGUCCCUGGUGGGUUGUGGGCUGUUUUACCUUUUCAUAAUAACAACAUCGGUGUUGUGAAGGUGGGAGACGGUGCUAAAGAUGUGUUUUCAGGUGAACAGAGAAGAAGAGGACGCAGUCUGCCAGGGAGGGUUGUGUGGUGAGGAUCAUCAGGUUCGAGGCAGGGGUCAGAUAGCUUUUCUGGGGAGUCUCUGUAUACGUUUCCUCCCUGCUGUGCUCCACUUCUCCAUUUCUUUUCAGGUUAAGAACUUCUCUGCACUCCAGCAACAACUUCAGAGUUUUAUCUGUUUUCAACACAAAGUUGUAAAAGAACAAAUCUGCAUGCAGACUAAACGCAUUGAUUAUCUGUCUGCUUCAGUCUAAUGAACCCUCUGGAUCCUGGCAGGCAUGACGUUAUCGGUAAAAUAUUGGUAUGUACGGAUGAUAAGGUGAAAUAUUCAUUGUAGAACAGGCAGGUUUAUACAAGAAAAUGAUGGACUUGGAAUGAGAUCAGAUUUCAUAUUGAUAUCUGUAUCGGUACUGAUAUCAGUGUCUGUAUCAGUACUGAUAUUAGUGUCUGUGUCAGUAUUGAUAUCAUUGUUGAUGGUAUUGGUCUUGGUAGUGAUGUAUCAGUAUUGGUAUCUGUGUGUGUAUCAGUAUUAAUAUCAGUGUCUGUAUCAGUAUUGGUAUUGAUAUUGUGUGAUAUUGCUAUGGGUAUUAGUAUCCAUAUUGAUAGCAGUAUUGGAAGCAGUGUGUAUCGGUAUUGAUAUCAACAUUGUUGAUGGUAUUGGUGUUGGUAGUGAUGUAUCAGUAUUGGUAUCAGUGUCUGUAUCAGUAUUGGUAUCAGUAUCUGUAUCAGCAUUGAUAUUGGUAUUGUAUUGUGUGUCAUUGCUUUGGGCAUUAGUAUCCAUAUUAAUCGCAGUAUUGGUAUCAAUGUCUGUAUCAGUAUUUAGAUCGACAUUGUUCAUGAUAUUGGUAUUGGUAGUGAUGUAUCAGCAUUGGGAACAGUAUUGGUAUUGGUAUCAGUCUACAGGUAUUUAUAUUGGUAUUGACUUAUCAGUACUGCUGAUGGAACUGACAAUGAUAUUGGUAUUGGCCUGUUUAUCAGCAUUAAUAUCAGUGUUGGUACUGGUUUUUGUAUCAGUAUUGGUAUUGAUAUCAGUCUCUGUGUUGAUAUCAGUAUUGGUAAGGCUUUCUGUAUUGGUAUGAAUAUCAGUAUUGAUUACAGUAUUAGUAUUGGCAUUGUUAACAGGAUCGCCAUGGUGAUAGUAUUUAUAUUGGUAUCAGUCUCUGUAUUGAUAUCAGUAUUCGUAUAUUGGUAUGGAUAUCUGUGUUGAUAUGAAUAUUGGUUAUGAGACUGGUUUAAUUUAAUUUUAAUGAGAAGCUGCUCCUGAGACGGAUGGGUUAAUUUAAUGUUACGUGAGCGUUUCUGCUAUUUAAAAGAAAACUGUGAACGUCAUUUUUACUGUUGACUUCAGUGUGGCUGAAAAAAUGCUUCAGCAAACAAAGGAGAAAAGAAAAGCUGUGUGGGGUUUGAGAACAGAUGUCUCCAGCACUUCCACAUAUGCUGAAGUAACAUAACACAAACACACAAUCUAAGUAGUUAUUUUGAAAAGGAUAAUGUGAUGUUAUUGCCAAAUAAUACAGCCUGUUAGCAGAGAGUGGCUUCACACACUGUUCUGCACAAUCUGCUCAGUUGGAGAACAACACUUGGAGAAAAUCUCACCUGUGAUCUCAGAGCGGUGAUUACAAUUUUCUCUUCCACCCACGAGUGUGGAAGGACUGAAAUUACAACCUGCAGUAUUAACGCUGGUGGGUUUUUUCACCUCCUGUCUCAUCAUUAAUGUAAAAUCAUCUUUAUUUACUCUCUUUACCUCGCCUCUGUCUCCCUCCCCCACACCGACCUCUGCUCAUCCAGGCAGAACUCUGACUCAUGGAUAUCAUGCAAACACUGAAACCGGCUGUUUUUACCUCCUUCAUUUCCUCUCCACACUGUUUAUCUCUAUUUUCGUUCUUCCUCUCUUCUUGCUGUCCUUCCUGUUUUUUUCUUCUUUUCCUAUCAUCCUCAUCUCUUUGUCAGUUUUUUUUAUGUCUUUAUCGCCUCACUCUCUGUUCUGACGUCUGUGCUGUUUUAUGACCUGAUAUAACUUCUUGUUUUUUCUAUGCAAGUUUUGAAUUUAGUUGGUGUUUUCUCUUUCUUUGUCUGUGAUUUAAACUUCUAUUCUUUUCGUCAUUUCUUUAUGUUUUCCCUAAACUACAGUUCAGCUAAUAUUUAGUUUUAACCCACCAAUCAAAACCAGUCAGGCCGACCAGAAAACGCUCACCAAGUGUCGCAUGCUGAAGUGCAUUUAGCAGCGAUUUGCGCCACAUGUGACUUUACCUAUAGCAAAAGAAGUCGCAAUAGGGCUGAGCGAUAAACCGAAAAUUUACCAAUACCAAAAUUUACAACAAUAACCUACGUCAUUUUGCCCGUAUCGGUAUAUUCCGUGUCAAAAAACAAAAAAAUCAAAGUUGUUUUUGGAUGUGUGUAGGUAGGCUAUGGUCUCAUGUCCCUUGGAUUAGCUAGGUUAUGAUGAGAGCGCCCCCUGCUGGAUGGGGUUCAAACAGUUUGAAUAUAAAGUAGAGUUUUACUGAAGGUUGAGGUUUAUUUACCAAACCCUGACUACAGAACAGUCCUAGUCUGGUUAGUCUUGAUUUAUCAGAGCGUGUAAACGGAGUGAAUAGUCGGGCCUACACUGUCUCUUCUCUUCUUAAAGUCUCGUCUGCUGCCUUCUGCCCACAUCCAUACUGUAUGUGGGUGUAGCUGCAGGUAUGAGAUCAACAAAGCUCUUAAUCGUUGCCCUGACAGACCCGUCAGCUGCAGUGACUGCUGGGAUUGUUGGCUGUCAUGUUACUGACCCAACUUCUGCUCUCCAGCUAAUCUCUGCCGCUAUUGACUUUACUCAGUGGAAGACUGUCGGCGGCGGUAAAUGUCGCUGUCAGCCUCUCAAUCAAAGAGCAAAGGUUAGACUUUUCUCUCUCUCUGUGUUCCCGCUGACGGUCAGCAGUCAUAGAGGUGGAGAUCCAUCACAGGGGGGGGAGGUAAAGGCUCCACGUUUCUUCUACAGUUUAAAAUGAAACCUCCUCUGGAUUUAGAGAACACCAUCAGAUCAGUUGGAGUGGGUCUUCUACGCUCCACAAACCAGCUUCACUUCUGUAGUCUCCUAUUAAAGGGUCUAUGGUAGGGCUGGGCGAUAUGGGAAAAAGUUUAACACAAUAUAUUUUUUUCAUUUUUCAUGUCAUGUCAAUACCGAUAUAUAUCACGAUAUAAAAAUGAAAUUUAUCAGUGUUUAUUGGUAGUAUGUCUUUUGCAAUACAAUAAUCUCCUGCAUCUGUGAGGUCUUUGUGUCUCUGACGUUUUGUCGUAAGGCGUUGUGCCGUUAAAGUGCUAUGGUUGGGUGUAGCUGCUGUUUGCUACGACGCAGUUGUUUGUUACUUAGUGCUAAUUCAGCACAUGAUUGGUUCAGUGUGAAGUAGAUCCGGAGAAACUCACCUUUUUAUUGGAGUGGGAGAAAAGGCAAUUCACAUGUGUCGUGAUUUUUUGUUUUAUAAUUUUAAAUCGAUUUUUAUGUUCAAAAAUCUUUUUUUUUUUUCAAAUUUAAGAAUAUAUCUUAAAAACUGACGUACAUGUGAUGUGUAUUUGGGGACAUAUGGUUCCUGGAACUGUCAGUAGACAAUCAUAAUCAUUAACUGUUUCACUGUAGUUAAAAAUACAGACUCAAUAUCAAGAAAUGUCCUAGAAACGCAAUUUAAAUCAAAUUGGCAUCCAAAAAAUCGUAGAAGAAUGCCGACUACUGAAAAAGCAUAUUGACCAUGUUUUAUAUUCAUAUUGAGGGAAAUUAAUUUUAGAUAUAUAUCGUUAUCGUUUUAUUGCCCAACACUAGUCUACGGUGAAAAUUGUCCACAGAUACAGUCUUGUUUUUUUGCUGAUUGUUGGUCUGAUUAGGACAAGCCUCUGAUUGUGGACCAGCACCAGGAACUGGGCUGGGACUCACUGUGAAACCUACGUCACAUUAUUCAUGAGUGGAAAGGAAGUGUCCAUGAGUCUUAGCGUCUGUUUGAGAGGUCAGGAUGAGAGGGCACAGCGCAGAUCUGUGCAGCUGAGGGUGAAGAUACCAACAGCCCAUCUUAGAAGUCUGAUGCAGAACAUGAGGGAACUGCACUGAACCUGUUGAAUGCAGGGUGUUGGUUUGUGAGUUGUGCGAUAUUUAUUGUCGUCACUCGCCUCCUGUUUAUAUUCUGAAUCCUGAACAGAAAAUUCAUGUUACUGCAUUUAUUUGACCGUUUAUCAGCAGAUUUCCAAAAACCGUCCUGAGUAGAACUCAAAGAAAUCUUUCGGUUUGGAGAAUAUUUUGUCUCCUCAAAGACAGCUCCAUAUUUCCUCCUCAUAUCUCCUCCUCUGGCACCUUGUUGGGUUUGGAUGUCUUCAUCGCAGAGUUUCAUUAAAGCGGGGACAGCGCCAGCCCAGAUGUAUCCAUCAUGGUUAACUGUGCCGUGUGACGGAGACAAUCCUUCUCUGCAGGAUCGCUGAGCGGCUCUGCAGCCUCACCUCUCGCCACGGAGAGCUGUCACUGUCCGCAGAUUGAUCGUCCAAUUAGUCAGUCACUGUCCGGUCCCUGACGGGGUCAAUUAGACAAAUAGAAGCUUUUCAAAAAUAGAAAGUCCAAUAACACACACACACACACACGCACACACACGAGUCUUUUAUUACGUGAAUGGAUUUUUUUUUCUAGGCUGCAAUUAUUCCAAUUUUUCAUGCAAUUUGGGUUGAUGUGUUUUUUUCAGCGUGAGUCAUCGUGUUUUCUCUGCAGGAAAAAUUAAAUGGAGGCAAUUGAUUAUGAGCGAUCGAGGCACAAAAGAAAAACUGGUAAUAAUUACGGGGGGAAUGAAAUGUGAGAGAGGCGUCUGUCAUCCAGACUGUAGAUUUAAAGACUGAAUACAUUAACCGAUAAAACGUGCGAUUAUAGGGAAGGGUUUGGAGCAUGCACAGGUAAACAUAAGUCAUCGGUGUCGUUCUGAAGUGAGAAGAAGAGCUGCACACGUGUUGAUACCUGAACCCUGAUUAUUAAAUACUUCUCUGCUGUUAACAACUUUAAUGUAAAUGUGCUGCACGGCUGUUUCAGACUUUAGAGUCACUAACGCUGACGGAGAUCUCCGAGGUCGUCUUCAGGAAUACUGACAGGCUGAAUAACCAGCGCUGACCUCUUUGAAAUUUGGCUGAAGAACAAGUCCUGAUGGAUGGACUCGCUGGCAUGCAGUAAAUCCACUUAAAGGGUGGUGACCGUGUUUUUGAAACCGAGCCCUGGUUUUUAUGAGAAGGGUUUAUUCAUGGAAAAUUGGCUCGGAGAGUUUUGGUAAAAGCUUGAUGAGAUUAUACGUUAACUGCUGCAGAUGAACUAUGAAAGAUAAACUCACCGGGUCGAGAACAUUUACUCUGAGAGCUCGAGUUUGUCUCUGCAGGGAUCAGGUCAUGAUUUAAAGAGAAAGUAAGAGAAAAACAGGAGAGGAUGGUUUAGUUAAAUUCACCAAAUUCUACGACCUCAACUGCAGGGAUUUUCGCUGUACGCCAAUUCCCACUGGAUCCGUUCGUUAGGCGGAUUUCGUGGCGGAUUACGGACAGCGGGAAUCAUGAGAACUCACAAGAACCUGCGGAUUUACGAGCAAUCGCCCGAUAAGUUGUCUCUACAAAGACAGACACAUAGACAUAUCAGCAGUAGAUUGUGUCCUUCCAGAGGAGGAAAUCUACUUCUAGACUUCUAGAAUCAGCAUCUCCUCAUCCAUGGUGUCAUCGGGGUGAAAUGACGUCUAAAAACCUUUCGAAAUUUUUAAAAAGAAGCCGGAUGUUUUAUUUUGUGUCUGUGCCCGACUUCCUUUCCAGCACGGGUUAAUCUGUGCUGAAUUUAUCCGCCAUGCUCCGGCGUCCAGAAAAAAUAGAACUCUUGAGAUCAGCUGAGGAGUCCGGCGAUCCGCAGAGGAACGGAAAGAAGUCGGUGUAAAUUGACACGUUAACUUGAAUGGUUACGAUCAGCUACGAUCGGAGGAUACGACCUUUUAGGAGACGAUCAGGAUGAAGGUGGAAAUUGGGGACAACUCUUGAGUUUUUGCUCAAAGCCUUUGUUGUCUCAGACUCGAGCACAGCCUCAUUUCAGCUUUAGCUCUUUAGCUCCGGCUCUGUUCUGUCCGGGUCUUUGCUGAUGCUCUCCCUGCCCUGGAUUUUAUAAGAACAGCUACUGUCUCCUCAAUAGACUCUGCUAACAUACUGUUGCUCGCCAAAGUCGUCCUCCACAAGCUGCUCACCCCCUCCCACAUUAACUUCGUCUACUUCACUCGCUCCAACUUUUGAACCGUCCUCCAUCUCCUCACCUGUCUUUCCCUCUUUGUUACGGACUGGAUGGGGCGGAGUCUUAAAAGGCUUAAAAGGACAUGAGACCAUAGCCUACCUACACACAUCCAAAACCAACUUUGAUUAAUUUAGUUUUUUCACACCGAAUAUGAAAAUGACACCAGUUAUUGUGGCCAGUUCCAGUAUCAGUAAAUUUCUGCUUAUCUCCCAGCCCUAGAUCCAACAACAUGCACAAUAAAAACAUGGUCCACAAUGGUGUCAGGACUCAGAGAGAGAGAGAGAGAGGUGGAGAUGGUUAAACUGAGCUGGAAACAGACGGACAGAAAACUGCAGUGGAGGAAACAGUUUAGUAAACACAGAGAUCAGACGGAGAGAGUGAAACGGCGUCUACCUGCUAACCUGCCCGGCUACAGUCCAUGAUGAGCUUCAUCUGUGUGAGGAGGGGAGGAGGGGAGGAUGCUGAGGGGAGGUCAGCUUACUCUUCAUUAGGCUGUAAUUGAAUUUCCUCAGCUCGUGCACGGAGGAUGUUCAGCUCCGGCUCGCUCAGACUUCACAACCUCCCCGAUACUUUCAAGGUUAGCUCAGCUAAUGGGGCUGCGCUCUCCACGGAUUCCUCCGCUCGCCAUCUGUCAAUCUGCAUGUCUGAGCGUGUGGGAGCCCAGGUGAGCUCUCCAUCAUGUGAUGCUGCUGGAAUAGAGUCUGAUCAGCGCUGCAGCAGACCACCUCUGAACCCGAUAACUGCUGACACGUGUUCCAGUCGUCUCUCCGUGCAUGACCUGAAGCUUCUCAGCUGUAGAGAUCGGAAAUAUGGCGUCUCAGAAAUCUGUCAGACGCAGUGUCUCAUACAUGUUUACAUUCUACAGACACAGACUCCGCAAACAUGAUACGAGUCAGAACCUGAACGCAGCUGCUCCAAAUUUAUGUAGGAUUAACAGCUAGGUGUGCCGACAAACUAGGGCUGCACGAUAAAUCGAUUUCAAAUCCUAGUCGGAUUAUUUGAUUAUGAAGAUGUUAAAAAAAUUAAAAAUUAAAUUUAAAAAUUAAAAAAAAAUUAAAAUCCUCAAACUGAUUUCCCUUUCUAUUGUAUCUAUUGUAUCCCCCCAAGAAAAAUCUCGUCCAGCUAAAACGACCUUUAUCCACAUGCUCUGUACUCUUCUUCUGUCUUUUGUGCAUUUCCUGUGCAGCGUUACAGCGCCACUUACUGUCUCACUAACAUCAUUUUCAGUGGUUUAAUUUUAAAGUUGAUUAAAAGACUUUUUAUUAUAUUGAAGUUUUUUAUUUUAUUUUAUUUCUGGUCAAAAUCGUGCAGCUCUUCUUCAAACCCUGACAGUCAGUGUUGGUCGGUCUGUACUGAAGGAAACUCUUCUUUGAGGCAGAGAAGCAGUUUCAUGUUGUUGUAUUUGGAUAUUUUAUUUUCUGGACUAUUGUGAGGAUCUUUAAAGUGUCUGCACCGAGUGUCCAAGUCUGCCUCUGCCGUUUUUCUCCACGUCGUCCUCUCUUUCUUCCAGAAAAGCCCAAACAGCCUCCAGCCCAUGAACCAUAAAAACUGAAAGCGGAUAAAGAUGAAUUGGUAUCCAAAUAAAGUCACACCAUGUUCCAACUUUUUGGCUGCAGCGUAGAAACUUAUUUUUUUCUUUAUUUGAAGUUUCUCUCCAACCGUGUGUGUGUUUGUGUGUGCUCCUCAGAAGGGUCAGGGUUUGUGUCGUUCUUCUUUGUGUGAAGCAGCAGAGACGUGUUUCAUCAUCAUUUCUUCUUCGCUCCGUCCGUCCGUCUGUCUGUUUCUGGUUAAAACCUUCUCAGCUAAUUUAGUUUCCUCUAAUAAAGCUGCACUCCGAGGGCCGCGGGGGUAAAACGCGGUGGUCGAUUUACACUCAGGAGGCAGCGCCGAGCAGCCGAGCACGUUACGGCGUUGUAGCUGGUGUUUAUUUUUUUCCAUCCUUUUUAAUUGGAGUGUACUUUGGAGAUGAGAGCUGCUCUCCUGGGAGGUUGACUUCAUUAGCACCUGUAAGUGUCCAGGCGUGUUAGCGCGGCGAAGGAGGAGGAGAUGGGGAGAGAAGAGCAGGCUGGGAAAGUUGUCUUUCAUAAACGCUCCUUACAGGAUUCCUCUUUCCUCCUUUUUUCCUUUUUUUUUCAGAGCAGACUUUAAAGAAAUUGAAUUGGCUUCGUUUAACGUAGCGCUGUUUUAUUGUUUAAUUGUAAUUUCAUCCCUGUUCGAACACGGAGACACGCAGACACCACUUCACAGAGCUCUUUUCUUCUGCCUUAUUGCAGAAAAGCUGUUUUUGUUAUGACUAUUAUUCGUCUUUGAUUGGAGUUUAAAUUUGGAAUAGGAUCUGCUCCCCGAGGAGCGUCAUUAGCGUCCAUAAAUGUGGAUGUAACCGGCGUCCUGCCAGCUUAAUGAGGGCAAUCUUAGCAGCGAAAUAAUCAUAAAUGCAAGUUAACCAUUAGACGGCGGGGAAAAGGAGAGCGAAAUGAACGAUGAUAAUGGAAAAGGCCAAUAAGAGCUCCAGCUAAAGACUCGUGGUUAUUAUGUUUAUUUUCAUGUCUGAACGCUCCUCUCUGGAGAGAAAAAAAGGAGACCUUCAAGCAUGAAGAGAGGGGAGAGGGAGAUAAAGAAAUAAAGAGAAGUGCUGCUUUAUUUAUCAUCAUGUGUGUCGUUGUCAUAUCUGCUCCGUGGGUUUUUCUCCUGAUCUGCAGAAACGUUCAGCUGUGAUGAAUUAGGAGUGUGAAAAAGAGAUUAAUCGCACACCGAGCUUCUCCAUAGAUCAUCCUGUAACCUGUUAAUUUUCUCUAUUUCUCUUUUCUGCUUUUAUUCUUCUCUCUUUUAUUUACCACUUCUUUUCAUGUUGUGUAUUUAAUACGUGUUUAAACACGUGUUUUCAUGUAAAGACGCUAUAAUGACCUGUUUUAUCUUAGCCUCAGAAGUCGUUCAUUUCAUUCAAAGACUGACUAAUACAUGUCGUUUAUUCGCUGUGAGCAAACACGAGACUCCGCCCGCUGCCCGCUCGCUGGCUGGCUGUGUUUUGUUCGCCAAAGAGUCAAAGGCGCACUCUCACAUGUACUGUCCGAUCAUACUCCGACUACGCUGGUUACAUGGUAGAGAAAAUCAGAUUCUAAUCUCAUUAUCUGGGUGUCUUAAUCAGAGUUCUCAAACUCCGAUUGCAGUCGGACUAAAGUGUUUACAUGACCUUCAGUUGUCCGGUCUUAAUCGGAAUAAGGCGAUAAUUCGGUUUUCUCGAGUGUCGUGUAAACAUACUGACAGUUAGUUGUUGUUUCUGCGCAGAUACGAUCAAAGUCUGACGUUGUCUUUGGGAACCGCGGACGCUCGGAGUCUGAUCAGAAAAAGCUGCAGGUAUCUGCCGUGGAUCUUUCACCGUGGUCAUCCCACACCCAACCUCACAGAACUGAACAACAGGUCCAUCACACGCACAGCAAACUUUCCACAGCACAAGGCCCGCUUUAGGAGAAGCAUGGUCCCUGCAGCUACAGACGCCCUGAAAAUUCGUCCCGGUGAAUAAUCUGUCCUGUCGCCUCCUUGCUGCUUGUUGCCGACUGCUGUUGUCCGGGUGUUUGUCAGUAGUUGUCUGUUCUUUAAGGUCUGUCAUAUGUGAUGUGCAUUUUUGUCCUUUUAUGUGAUGUACAGUCAGUGAAGACAAAUUUCCCCACAGGGACGAAUAAAUCUAUCUAUCUAUCAAUCAAUCUUCUUCCGAUGUCACAUCCUGUCCAACAGGAAAAACUCGAUCCUGAGUCCUGAGAAUGUUGAUUCAGCAGCUCUUGGAUCGUUCAGGUUCGUCGGAUCGUCUUCGUUUAAUUUCAACGAGUACAGAUGAGAAAGAGGCUUCUGUUUGUGGAUGGGGAGGAUGCUCGCAUGCUUCAGUUGUGAGUCACUCACACAGACCUGAGAUCAGCUGAUAUAAUCCAGACUGAUUGAAUUUAAUCUGAGUCACAGUUCCUGGAAACCGGGCGGAGUCUUGAUGAACUCUUCUGGUCAGUCCUGUGAUGCUCGUUUCUGUUGAACCUGAACGACGGGGUUCAAAUCUUAGGCUGUAUGACUUUGUGUUUUUAAAUUCCUCUUUAAUUUGUGAUUAAAAAGAAAAAAGAAAACCUUAUCUGGACUCAAAGUGAGCUGCAGCGUAGCAUGUGUCAGCAUCAGACACCGCUUUCAUCGUUUUACGACGAGACUGCAGCGUGAACAUCUGUGUUAUAUCUGUUUUACUCUUAUCGCCGCCUCUGAAGCUGUUUCAGUAUUUUAUGUGAGGAGGAAGAGGAGGAAGAGGAGGAGGAGGAGGAGGAGGAGGAGGAAGAGGAGGAGGGCGCCUCCAGACCGGCUCAUAUCAUCACAGACUCUCCCUUUAUUUUUAAAUGACGGUUGUAAAAAAAAACAAAAUCAGCUUCAAAUGUUUCCGAGGCCUGUGUGUGUGUGUGUGUGUGUGUGUGUGUGUGUGUGUGAUGGAGUUCACAGGAGCAGCCGAAUAUUCUGCAGGAAUAAAUUAGCAGCUUGGCUCUUUGGUGCCAAGCCAAGACUUCUGGGAAGUAAUCCAGCACCUUGGAAAGACAAAGAUUUGGAUGCCAUAUUGGAUCCAAUGUAAUUUGAGGUUAAUUGAAUUGAAAAUCUCCCUCCAUUACUCAUCUAACACACAUAUAAAUAAAUAACUCUGCAGCAGGGGGAUGAUUAACUGUUUUUACCACAGGAAUAUUAUCCCUAUUGGCUGUCGCAAUUUUUAACUCCUCGUCCAGAAACCGAUAAAAAUAAUCUUUCCACGACUUUCAUCCCUGCAAAUCAAAAGCGGGAUUGACAACUUCAUCCCCGUUUUCUCUUCCCGCGGCGCAGAUGUUUUACAGGCGGAGUCGAGCUCGGCGGUAGCCUGCAGCUCACUUUUAAGAGACUCCUCGAUGACUGCCAGAGUCUGAGGCGACAGAGGAACAAGUUUAACAAGCACUUAAAGAUCCUCCUGCCUCCAGGCCUCACCGGCGUGAUGACGCUUCGUUUAGAGACGUGACGCUCUAACAGGGUAGAGAGAAGAGUUAACUUAGGACUCGAGUCAACUUUAGGAGAAAACGUAGUCACCAUUCUUGGUCAAACAAAUCUACAAGACAGUUAAACUAGUUAUUUAUCUGUUUCUUUGACUAGAGAACUGAAGUUUGAGCCUUUCUUGUGUCUAGAUACAGCAGAUACUUCAUCAUUGUAGUUGAUAAUGAGAUAAUGAGUUAAUAAUAAGAGCAGCAAGUGUUCUCCACCAGUCCUUCCACGUCCUGCACCUGUUCCAGUUUGUGUCUGUUUUCUUCACUUUGUUAGACGGCUCCCUCUGACUGUCUGAGGAAAUAAAAAGUGGUCGACUUGAAAACAAAAACCUCAUCAUUGUGUGCGGCGCGGCUCAGGCCCUGAAACCUGCUGAGGACCUCCGGAGGGUUGGUGCCACACUCAGAGGAAAGGGCGGGCCGUCACCUUCAUAGAACAGCCAUUAAUCAGCCCAUUAGCUAUUAACCAUUAGGAGAUUGAUUCUCGCUCGGCUGGGAAGAUUCUUACAUAACCCUCCUAAUGACAGCCUGCGAGAUUAAACAACGAACAUUUGCAUUGUAUGUACGGCACAUUCAGAGCCGGAGAGGGGGAUCAGGAAAGGUCACGGCGUCUAAUUAUGAAUGGUUAAUUUGAAGCCCCAUAGAUUGGAAAAGGGCUCCUCUGGUUUACCAAAACUUGUGGAGGCAAUAAAUCACCCUAACGAGUGCGGGCUGAUGUCUGCAAACACAUUAGUCAUUAUUAGACGGUGAAAUCCGGGACAUGAUGGGGCUCAGACAGCAUCGACGCCGGGGUCAUUUCAGUGGACCUCCAUUUAGCAAAGAGCCGGAUCGUCGCUGCCCUCCAUCUGUUUCUGCUGCUGGGAGGCAUUUCUUUAUGCAUCCGUGUUAAUCAGGAUGGAGUCGCAAACGCUAAGACUCAAGACGGAGCGAGACGGAGCGAGACGGAGUGAGACGGACACGAAGCAAUUUAAGAAAAGAGAGAUUUUGGUUCAUGAACGAGCGACAAUGAAAAUCCAGAGUAUUCUCUGUCCGUACAAGACUGGAGACAUCAGCUUUUUUAGACUUUUUUAGAGACUUCAUUUACAUAAUUCAAGACCAAACUGAUGGUAGUUUUGCUGCUAAUAUACCUGAAACUGUCUUUACUGGACGACUUUAGAUUUUAGUUUGAAGACAGGUUUAAUUCCUGAGUGUGAAAACAGUCUGCAGCAGGAGAGCGGAGGUCCCGGACAGUAAAUGGUGGUGUGUGUGUUAGAGCGGCACCAUUUUGACCAGAAAUAAAAUCCCGAUAAAAUUUUGAAUUUUUUAUUCAUUGACAACUUCCUUAAACCUCACUUUAAAAAAAAGUUUUUCUAUCAUCUCUCAAAGCCAAACCACUGAAAACAAUGUAGUGCAUAUACCAAGACAGUAAGUGGCGCUGAAGAAGAGUACAGAGCAUGAGUAUAAAGGUUGUUUUGGCCGUUGAUGGUAGUGAGACCUCCAGGUGAGUCCAUCGACUGGGUGUCGCAGCUCAAGGAAGAACAUUUAUGAUCAUUUCUUCAUGGAAAUACAAUCAGACCGAGACGCUAAGACAGAAGAACUACCGCGUCUGUAAAAUGAUUAAUAUGGUGAUUAUUACUUCAAGGAAAUGAUAAAGAAAUGAUCAUAAAUGUUCCUCCUUGAGCUGCGUCACCCCGCUGUAGUCCGUAAUGGACUGGCCUGAGGUCUCACUACAAACAAGCGGCUGCUGGAAGAGAGUAGGUGAGUUGUGUUUAGUCUCUUUGCUAAAGAAAUGAGUCAAAGUUAAAAAGAUGUUUGGUGUCUAGUACUAUGUCUGUGACCCUAUAUGUCCUGUUGAUGAAGUUAGGUGCUGUUCUGAGCAUUAUUUGUGGCUAUAGAGAUUCCGGUAUAAAUCUGCUAUCCUGCGGUCGUUACUAAAGUUGGUUUAACUAGAGAAGCAAGCGGUCGGCAACAUUCAUCUCUGGAGGGGACGUAAACUUAAUUUUUUUUUUUAAACCACCGCUCUGGUCAAUAAUCGAUCCGUUGUGUCUGAAGAAAUCGUCUUGGAGUGAAAUUCGGCACAUCUUCUAAGAAGAAGUCAUGUGAGCCGGAUCACUUUAGGUGGACUGGAUCCUCAAAGACAGCUUUGUGGACUAACAGCAGACUGUUUGACGGACAGCUCCCCCCUCUCCUGAUUACUCUUCUUCUACGAUUUGCUCGUCUCUACUUUAAUAACGUCUCUUUCAUCAAACACUCCGGUUCGGGCGGGCUCGUCCAGGAAACCGGGGAGGGUCGGGAGGCGAAAGGCCGUCGAUGAGUCUUAUUAAAAAGUCAACCUCAGGAGAGAGAGAGAGAGGGACGAGGGCCGGACUCCAAGACCUGCUCACUUCAGGUUUGUUGGCUUUGGCCGGUCCUGCUGCCUUCAAUAUCUGGGCUGUCUGUUGGGAUCAGGAGCGCCGGCCUGAGAGGAGGCUGCUGCCAAAAUCAUCAAAAGAGAAAAUAUGAGCUGAAAGGAGAGACGCCACAAAAGACAGAAGGACCUCCUGUCUCCUCUGAUAUCCAGUUAGUGUCGGUGUCAGAGAGGGUUCCUCAGUGACAGGGAACCAUCUGUAAGAACCACCUCCACCUGAAACCCUGAACAGGGACAUCAGUGACCUGAGAAACAUGGAGGGAGCAGAAGUUAAAGCGUGGAUGAUCAGGAGAGUGUUUAUGGUCGAUUACUGAACGAAUACCGAUCUUAUCAUGAAGAUGAUGUAAACACCGGCGAUCAAAGUCUGGGAGCCUCCUCUAGAAAUCAUGAAUUAUUGAUGAGUCCAGAUUAGAGUUCAUGAAGUAAUUCUGGCAAAAAUAAAAAUCACAAUUAUUUAAAGUGAUGACCUGUGAUCUAACGUCUGCAUCACAGAUGCAACUUAAAAAACCAGGCGACGUGAUUUUGAAGGUUGGUUCUCUGCAGGUUUACUCAUCUUUAGUAAUCUAUGUUCCACUUCGCUGGUACCUUCAGACAUGUUGACACGUGCUCCGUCAAUAAGAUCGACUCGUAUCUUUAGCGGAAGAAUAAGAGUAAGAAGAACUUUAUUGAUCCCCAAAGGGAAAUUCAGUUGUCUGUUGUCCCACUUCACGUCUCUAAAAGUUAUCUACUAUUUACACAAGAGUUAUAAAGGCUGAUGUCUGUUGGUCCAAAAGAUCUUCUGAAUCUUUCUGUCCUGCAGUGAAGAGAGAGGAGCCGUCCACCACCAUCGGCCCUUUGGUCCAUCAAGGUGUUGUGUAGUGGGUGAUCCAUGUUCUUUAGAAUAGUCUCCACCUUCCUCAGUGUAGAUCUCUCCACCAAAUCCUCCACUGAGUCCAGCUUGAGUCCUACCACAGAGCCAGCCUUUUUCACCAGUUUGUUCUCCAUCUUUGUGUUUGAUGUUUCCUCCCCAGCAGACUGCAGCGUAGAACAGAACACUGUAGAUCUACACCACAGACUGAUAAAACAUCUGCAGCAUCUAACUACAGAUGUCUAUUGAUCGGAGUCUUCUCAGGCAGAAGAGGCGGCUCUGCCCCUUUCUGUAGAUGAAGUUGGGGCAGAGCCGCAUAGAGACGCUCCUACGAAAGAAGAUUAGGACCACAAGAAGAGGAAGAAAUAACUACAGGAGGGAGAUAUUUUUAGUUUCUAUUUCGAGAUUAAAGUCGAAAUUCAAAAAAGUCGAAAUUUCAACUUUAUUCACAACAUUUCGACAUUUUGUAAUCUUGAAAUUUGACUUAAAUCUCAAAAUUUCAAAUUUUAAUCUCAAAAUUUCGACUUUAAUCUCCUUCCUGUAAUCAUUUAUUUUCUCUUCAUGUGGCCCUAAUCCUCGUUCGUUCGCUCCUGCUUCUUGUCUGCGAUUCUGCGUUGAUUCAAAUGUUUUCGCUUCACACGACUCUAUCAGAACGUGUCCGACACGGAUCCUGCAGGUUUUGGGUCUGAGACCUUUGGCUUCACUUUUGUGAUAAUGAACAAUGCCCGGUAUCUCUGCAGCCUUUCUGUCCUUGUCCUCAUUCUGUCCCUCAGCCAUAGUUCAGUAUCGAUGAUGAUGAUGUUUUUAUACUUAAAUCUCAAUUUGCAUUUUAAUCACAAAUCUGUGAAGGCUUCAUCUCUCCUCCACGGUUAUUUAAUCUUGAUACCAAAUGUUUCCUCCUGGAUUUGUAGGUUUUGGUGGAUGACUUUGUCAGAUCUCCGCUCAGUCUUCAAAAGUCACACAACUAUACAGGCAAAAAAAAAAAACAAUCAGAGCCGCCGUCUCCUCUGUCAGGUGGAAUCUCUGGGACGUUGAAUUAAAUGAACAUCUCUGCCGGGAUGUUCUCCUAUAAAAUCGUCAAACUCUUCAAAUCAACAUCACUUUCCAAGAACGCACUCAGACUUGAUGCAUUAGCGGACGGGGAGCGCUCUGUCGCCGUUACAGGCGCUCUGUUGGAGUUCCUCCAAACCCUUUUUCACCUGUCGUUGUUUGAGUGGAACAGAGAGGUAAAUAAAUGACUUCAUCUCCAUCGAUCACAUCCAGAGUUUAGAGAAAUCAUCCGGGAGGAAGGUUCAGACGAGCGCUGAGGUUCGACUGAACCGGUCUGUGUUCCAGCAGACAGACUGAUUAGAAAGAUAAACGCUGCUGACUCACGUCUCCGCGGCGGAAACAAGCGUUUAAACAUCACAUUUGGGCGUCUCGUCUGUUAUGAGUACACAAGGUGGGUGUCGUUCUGCUUCAGACCAGAUGCUGUUUAAUCAAAACUCCUCCGAUCAAGAUGGUGCUCAGAGCCCAUUUUAUAACACGCUUUUAUUUUGAAAAGAAACUUGAUCUUAAAUGAUGGAAAUGAAUGGAAACAGUUACAGACGAUAAAAGUUCAAAGUAGAAGAGAGGUCUGUUGGGACUCCAGAUCUCUCGAACAAACCUGUCUAAUCUCAUGUUUUUGAACGUCUUCUAAACACUGCUGUCUCUGUUUCCACCUCUGCAGAGCACCUAAAGGCGGCGCUAGAGGAGUACAUGAAGCGGCUUCCCAAAGUGAAGAUCAUGAGGAACAAGAAGAGGGAGGGUCUGAUCAGGACUCGCCUCCUCGGAGCUUCAGCCGCUGUAGGAGAGGUCAUCACGUUCCUGGACUCUCACUGCGAGGCCAACGUCAACUGGCUGCCGCCGCUGCUGGGUGAGAGACAAACUCAAAAGACACAGAAAAUGAGAACCAAUCAGCAUCAAGAUUUUCUGACUUUACUAGAAUCUAUAACUGAACUGAAAAAAAGGGAAAAACAGUGAAAAAGUUCUGACAGAGCAUCGGUGUCUUUAGUUUUGCACUCUGCUUCAUAAUGUAAUCAUUUCUAACACUUCCUGUGAAACACCGCUGAGUUUAAAGAGUUAAAAAUCUAUAAAAAAUAAAACUGUCUAACAAAGAAAACAUCUUCCUUCAGCUGAGGAGCUCCAGGCCUCCACAGUCUGUGUAGAUGAGUCCAGGCGUUCCUCCUCAUCCAUCCUCUAUUCACUGACUCUGUCUCCUCCUCUCAGACCGGAUCGCCCAGAACAGGAAGACCAUCGUGUGUCCGAUGAUCGAUGUGAUCGACCACGACAACUUCGCCUACGAGACGCAGGCAGGAGACGCCAUGAGAGGAGCCUUCGACUGGGAGAUGUACUACAAACGGAUCCCCAUCCCCACAGAGCUGCAGAAGGACGACCCCAGCGAGCCCUUCGAGUGAGUGCGCUUCUUUUUCUCACUUUUGACAUUCGGAGGAUCUUAUUGUGCCGCGAGGGCGUACGAGUGAGCGCGGUCUGAGUCAAAGCUCGUCAACUCUGUGGGGGUUGGCUUCACGCUCUGCUCCAUCCUGUCCAGGAGAGUCAAAGAGUUGCUUUUUGAAUAUUCCUGUUAAAAACACCUGAAAUCAGCUGCUGGUGUUUUAAAGAGGAGGAUGGGUUGAUUUGAUAGAAGGGUUGGAAUGUGACAGUGGAGUUUGUCAUGAACUGACUCCACAGCUGAGCAGGAGGAGCUCUAAAGAGUCUGUGUGGUGCAGCAGCUCUGCAGCAGUGUGUGUGUGUGAGAAACUCAGAGUGAAGCAGAGAGGCAGAGCAAACAGCAGAGAAGGAGAGCUUUGAGGGGGUUUGUGUCUGUGUAUCACAAGCACGACGCUCACUGAACUGGACUGUGUGAUGGUCUGAAUACUGGAGGAAAACGGUGCAGGAUUCACGGGUCCUUGUGUGGACGCAGACAAGCUUAGAGAUAAAGAUAUUUACGAACCGCAGAGAGUAGGAAGUGAAUACAAACCAGUGUGCAGCGUUGAAUAUUGCACAGAGUAGGGCUGGGCGAUAUGUCCUUAAAUCAAUAUCACGAUAUAUUGAUCAGUUCACCUCAAUAACGAUAAAUGGACGAUAACUACUCCACAAGCCAUAACCUACCUACACACAUCCAAAACCAACUUUGAUUUAUUUAUUUAUUUGACACCGAAUAAACUGAUAUGAGCAAAAUGAUGUUUGAUAUUGUCAAUUUCAGUAUCGGUAAAUUUUUGGUUUAUCGCCCAGCCCUAACCAAACGCUUCCCUCACUGAUAUCUUCCAUUAAUUUUGCAUGUCUUAAAAUCUGAUGCAUCACAAAAGUAACCAAGGAGGUUAUCACGGCAGAAAGAAAACGCUCAAAUAAAGAAGGCUAGUUAACUGACUGUAAAGUCCACUCGCUUCGUGAGACCGACAGCUUCCCCAUUAUAAACUCUAUUUCAGGGAAAAUCUGUGAUCGUUUAUCAAAUUUAGUGAAAAAGUGACACCGAAUAUAUUGAUAUGGACAAAAUGACAUCAGUUAUCAUCGUAAAUUUUGGUAUCGGUAAAUUUUCGUUUUAUCGCCCAGCUCUAUUGCAACUUAUUUACGUUUCUGCUGCUAUAGGAAACGUCACAUGUGGCGUAAAUUACUUCAAGAUGCACUUUGCGACCGUUGCUGAGCGUUUUCUGGUUUUGAUUGGUGGAUUAAAAUUAAAUAUAUUAGCUGAAUUGUAAUUUAGGGAAAACAGAAAGCAACAGAGAGCGUAAAAGUUUAAAUCACAGACAAAGAAAGACAAAAAGGUCAACAACAAAAUUAAAACCUUACAUCAGAAAAAAAGAAGUUAUAUCAGGUUAUAAAACAGCUAAAUUUAUAUAUUGGUAAAUUUUCAGUUUAUUGCCCAGCCCUAUCGCAAUAUAAUAUUUGCAAAUACUGCAAUUUAGCAAAGGUCCCCGAGUUUAAGACGGCGACCCUCGUCAGUAAAAACGUCGUUGAGAUAAAUUGAAGCAACACUUAGACAAUAAAACUCCUCUGACAGUAAACAUGAGAGUAUUUCUGUCUGGUUCAGGGUCUACAGUGUAUUUACUGAGGUGCAAACAGGAGCGGUACCUCUGACAACAGUGUCCUUGCAGCAGCAGCAGCAGCAGCAGCACAGGUAGGUAACCUUUAAGUAAUGAAAGCUGGAAUAAAUAAACCAAACCCAGAGAAACACUCUGCAGGGCCAAAUAUCUCUGCAUGUGGUGCCAGACACUCCAUUUGUAAAGCCCGGGGGAUUAGCUGCCCAGCAUUUUUCUGUGCGUUGGUGCCAGAGACGAUUUGGGCGUCCUGGGAAAAUACAGUAGGUAUCAUCAGGCGGGGCGGCUGUGGCGCAGAGAGAUAAGAGGCUAAAGAAGAAGAAAUGAGCUGCAGAACAAUCACAAUCAAUCCUCAUUUCGUGAAUUAGUCUGCUCUUCUCUCCCAAUGAAAUGACCUUCAUCAGUGCAAAUCCAAUUUGAGUCGCAAAGAUUUUCAUUUUCAUUCUGAUUGACAUUGCUGCAGCGGAGAAUAAGGCACCAUGGGAAGGCAAAAUCCAUAUUGGAGGUGUGUGUGUGUGUGAGUAUGAUUUGAUCCCUGUCUCAUGCCUCUGUCAUCGUCCCUUUUUGUCAAUACAGUCACCUCUCCCUCUCCCUCUAUCUCAUCCCUCCUUCGGGCGUCAGAGUUUCAUGAGCUCAGACUCUGUCCUUCCUCAAGGUCAGCAGACUGGAACAGAGAGAAUCAACUUGAGCAUUUCUAAUUUAAUCUAGAUUAUGGGCGGGGAUUUUCAUGAGACGUUCAGUUGAGGCCUUUUUUUUUUUCUCAGAUUGACCGAAUUUUGAUAAAGAACAGGAACGACAUGAAUUUAGACGAUGUUAUCUUCUCCUCGUGGUUAAAAAAAGGUUGCUCAUGGGAACAAUGUCUAAAGGAGGCGAUCUUCUAGAGACCGUUUUUAUUGAUUAUAACCAACCUGACGAGCUGAGGAUGGAUUUAAACAUCCAUGUUUUCAUCGUAGGGCUGCACGAUCUUGGCGAAAUCCUGAAAAAUGAAAUCCAGAUUUUUUUUCUCUGAAAAGUCAAUUUUCGAUUUUUUAUUUGGUGACAACUUCACCAAACUUCACUUUAAAAAUAAAGUUUUUCUAUCAUCUCUCAAAACCAAACCACUGAAAACGAUGUAGUGUAUAUGCCAAGCCAGUAAGUGGCGCUGUAACACCGAAGAAGAGUACAGAGUAUGUGAAUAAAGGUUGUUUUGGCGCCAUAAAAGAGUUACUCUGUGUGUCACAUGAUCGUUUCCAGAGCUGCAGAUAGACAUCCACACGGAGAUGAAAUGGUCGUCGUUUACAGAUUUAUUCACUCUCUGACCCGUUUUCAAAAAGUACCGUUUACAGUCACCUGAAACGCCGUUUCCAUGUGGAUGAAACGCCGAUACGAUAAAAAACUUUAGCGUUUCCUCCUGAGUUUGUUUCCAUGUGGACCGGUUGAUCUUCAUCUGAAACUGUGAAGUCGUACCAAUUCAACACGACUGACUCGCUCUUGUCCUAUUUAACCACGAAAUUAUCGCCUUCUUUAACAAACGCCAUGUUUGUUUACACUGGUGUGUGUGGGAAGGGGGAACCUACGGCAGCCUGUAGGCGCGAGACAAGAUAGAGAGGAAAAUCGAUUUUAGAUUUUUAAUUUUUUUAACAUCGUCACGAUCAAAUAAUCUGAUUACGGUUUAAAAUCGAUGAAUCGUGCAGCCCUAUUCCAUCGUGUUUAUUUUUCUGACUUCACUCUAAAAGCUCAAACUGCAGGUUUUCGUGUCUGAACUGUCGACACGGUCUGAACCAGCUCAUAAAAGCUGUAAGUUUUCAUCCUCCUCAGUCUUUGACUUCUGCGGUGUUGUUUUCUGAGCUGUUGAGGUGAGUUCAGUCGAUGCAGGUCAAUAUUAAUUCAGUGGAGCUGCUCAGCGGCUCGAAGCAGGCGUCUGCUGUUAUACUGUGCAAAUUCAAUUUACCUCUGUGUUCCUAAAGUCAUUUCUCUCUUUAAAAAAAAAAACACACAGAAAUGUGGAAUUGAAGAGUUGCAGAAGUCGAUAAAGUCGCUCAGUGCUGCAGUUUCUUCACCUUUCUAUGAGACGCUCUCAGAUGUCGGAGAUGUGGCUGCUAAAACCGUCUCCAUUCAGACGUCCGCUGAGCUCCUGCUCCUCAGUGAGGGUGAAGAGGUCGUCUGAGGAGUCUGCGAGCCUCUGGAGGAUUUAAGAUUCACUUUAUUUUAACCGCUUUUCUCCAUCAUGGUUUUAGUCGUUAACAGAGGUUCAGGGUUUGAUUUAUAGCCGAUGAUGAUGCCGCCUUAUUAAGUCAUUAUAUAAGUCUAACAAUCAGAGUUUAAUUUGUCCUUUUUCAGCUAAACAAAGCAGUUGCUAGGCAACACAGCAGCAGCAGCAGCAGCAGCAGCAGGAGCAGCGAUGGUGGUGGUGUGAGUGGUGACUGUGGGUCAGCUCCUCAGUGUUUUAGAUUAAGUGUUUUACAGCCACAGGUGGAUUCAUCAGGUUUUUAACAGCAUCUCGCUCUCUGACAGAAAAUCCUGUUUUUGAAGAAGUCUGUUUGAACGUUCAUGUCCGCACCUGAACACACCUGAGUUCAGCACCAGAGGAGGGUCAAAUAAGAGUCCCAGAGCGGCUACAGCUGAGAUCAGUGACGCGGUAUCACUUCAGACAUUUCUGAUAUUUAUUCAUGUCCAAACUGUAAUGCCCCGUCUUUCUUUAACCUUCAAUUACAGCAGAUGACUCUCAGAGACUAAAUAUGAGCCGUUCCCUCGAGACAGAAACAGAGAGUCCCUCCAUGACCUCCUCGGUCAAAUUUCAACUCAUGACAGUGUGGUCUGGAUGUCGGAUUAUUCAUGGUUUCCUUGGUGUGUUCCUCUGUUUGCAUUAUCGUUGUUUUUAGUGACAGAAGAUCAGUAUGUGGAACACAAGACAGAUUUCUCCACAGGAACGAUAAAUACAUCUUAAUGUGACCAAUCAUAGCCGACUUUAUAUAUAUUAUAUCAGAUUAUAUUGUAUUCUUUAGUAUGACAUCAAGGUGUCUGUUAAUAUUAUAUCAUAGUCUAGCAGGUUACAUAUCAUAUUGUAUCAUGUAGGGGCGGGAGAAAAAAUCGGUACGGUAUAGUAUCGCGAUAUUUUGUCUGGUGAUAUAUGGUAUCGUCUCAUUUACCAAGUGAAAUCAUAGUGAAGGAGCAAGUUAGUACAACACCUGAGGUUUUAAGAUAUGCUACAUGAAAAUAAAAUACUGUAUCAAUCAGACAAAUGAAGGACAGGCAAAUGAUGAGUCAGCAAAGCAGCUGAAUAAAUCGCGUAAAUCCCAAUAAAUGGUAUCACAAUACUCAUUGUCCUGCAAAAUGUUUAAAAUUGCAAUAAUGUUGUAUCUUGGCCCAAGUAUCGUAAUAAUAUCAUAUCUUGGCUCAAGUAUCAUAAUAAUAUUUUAUUGUGAUAAUAUCGUAUCGUAAUAAUAUUCUAUCAUGGCCCAAGUAUCACGAUAAUAUCGUAAUGUGGCCCAAUUAUUGUGAUAAUAUUGUAUUGUGAAAAUAUCAUAUUGUGGCCCGUGGUAUUGUGAUAAUAUUCUAUCAUGACCCAAGUAUGGUUAUAAUAUUGUAAUAUUAAGUAAUAUUGAAUCGUGGCCCAAGUAUCACAAUAAUAUCGUAAUAUGGCACAAUUAUCGUGAUAAUAUCAUAUCUUGGGGCCUCUUGUGAUAUGUUCAACACAUGAAUACACAAAAAAUCGUAUAAAUUUUAUAUACAUGAAAUAAAGCCCCAAGAAACUGAAUAUAUUCACAUGAGACUAAAAAUACAAAUUUCAUGGUCUAAUUUCUUUUAAUUUAAAAGGUUUUGAUUCAACUUCAGGUCUGCUCAGUGGAGAAGGGUCCUGACAGUGGACUGUCUUGUGUUUUUCUCCAUUUUCUUGACGUACUCUUCAGAUUACAGCCGGCCUCGUGUCACAAAUUAAAUUUAAAAAUUUUUUUAUUAAAGUUAUGAACCGUUUGUGUCUGAAAAUGAAAAAUAACAAACUAACUCAUGUCAGAAAAGAAGAAAAAAGACUCCAGCUGUCCAAGGAAAAAAAACUAAAGAAGCAUUUUUUCUUAUUUUCUUUGUGGUAAACUUUUCUGUCUGAACUCGGCUGGAUGUUUUGGGUCCUUCUGAGUUGUGUGAUCACAGUUGUAUCUCCUGAAGCCGGUGUGUUACCUUCCACAGGGAGCUGAAGUGUGUUUGUGUUUCUCCCUGUGGCGAACAAGAGCUAACAAUCACCAACCCACAAAUCAGAGCCCACACAGUGUCUACACACUCUCUGCUCCGCUCGCACACUCCACUGACCAUCCAACCCCCAGCAAUUUCUGCAGCCCGUUGUUUAUCCUUUGUCUCCUGUUGAAAGUCUGCCCACUGCAUUUUAUUCAGCGCUACUCCAGAAAGGACGUGUGUGUGUGUGUGUGUGUGUGUGUGUGUGUGUGUGUUUCCAUCAGUUUUCCCCCUCAGGCAUACACCAGUUACCAGUCAUGGACAAUAAACUGCUCAGACACACAGUCACCCAGCCAGGCAAAUCAAGCCAGCCAGUGUGACAAACAUAUUUUAAGAGAUGGAGGACGAUGUUUGUGCCUCCUGUGACUCUGCUCUCUCACGCUUUGACUUUGUCAAACCCAGACUGCAGUUUUCUACAAAUAUUUAAAAAGUGCAAAAAGAAGAAAAUUUAAGGAAAAGCAGACAGAGUUCAGCCUGUUACCUUAUUUUCCAAACUAAGAAAAAGCCAAAUUUGUGCUGCACUCGUCUGUAUUUAUCUACACAGCGACUUGGACGUGAACCAAUAAGGAGAAAAUGAAGCUCCUUCUGUCUUUAAGCUUAGACCUUAAAGAAACAAGUGUUUGUGCAGCUAACUGUGCACAACGGGGAGUGUGUAACGAGGACUAACCCCCAAUUUCCACCACGUCCGGAAUGACUACGAAAGGUUGUAUCCACCGAUCGUAGCUGAUCGUAACCAUUCAAGUCAACGAGUCAAUUUCCACCACCUUCUUUCCAUUCCGCUGCGGAUCGCCGGACUCCUCUGCUGAUCACAACAGUUCUAUUUUUUCCGGACACAAAUUCAGCACAGAUUAACCCGUGCUGGAGAGGAAGUUGGGCACAGACACAAAAUAAAACAUCCGGCUUCUUUUCAAAAUAAAACCGGAUACGGUGAAAAUACGGUGACCUCAGGCCAGUCCAUUCAGGACUACAGCGGGGUGUCACAGCUCAAGGAAGAACAUUUAUGAUCAUUUCAUUAACGUAAUAAUCACCAUAUUAAUCAUUCUUACUGCAGACGUUGUAGUUCUUCUGUCUUAGCGUCUCGGUCUGAUUGUAUUUUCAUGAAGAAAUGGAAAUGCAAGUUUCCCUUCUUGUCUGUAACUUUUCAUCUCUUGUGUCCUCCAGGUCUCCGGUGAUGGCAGGCGGACUGUUCGCUGUGGACAGGAAGUGGUUCUGGGAGUUGGGAGGAUACGACACAGGUCUGGAGAUCUGGGGAGGAGAACAGUACGAGAUCUCCUUCAAGGUAAGAACUAAUAAACACAACACCAACACGAACAGCUGCGAUGUAAUUUGGACUCUUUUUUUUUAUGUCUUUAAACUCGGCCGUCUCUUGACUCCCGUGUCUUUUUAACCAUCGAGGUUUGAAGCGGCGGCGUUGGAUGUUUGUGAACAUUAACGUGUCCAAGUUUCCUCCGGGGACCCCUCCAGUAAAUCAUGAGGCACCGUGGCGGCGGCUCGGUUUAAUGGAGAAGCAUGUUUUGACACUCGGGUGCGCUCUGAUGCCGUGUUUGUUUACCCGCAGCUCUCUGGGUCGAGUAAACUCGCUGAGCCGAUGAGACGUUCCUCUUUACAGUUUCCACUCUUGUUGUAGUUCUGGAGCCAAACAUGCGUGGAGGAUUCUCCUCCGCAUUAAUCAUCCUCAGAGCCGCACAACAUUAGAUGAUGUUUUUGUCCGCCACUUCAGCGUGAACCGCUCUAUAGUGUGGCGGUAAAUGCUUACAACCACUGCGCCUGCAUGUAGAGCGCCGCCCCCGCCCCUCCUCGCUCUGCUCAGACAGGACGGCCGGUCACAAUAAUUGAAUUCUGCUUUGAAUGAGUAAGGACUUUUGUCGUCGCACUCAAUUAAGCACAAAGGCCAGUGCUGCUGGGCCUGAUCUGAUUGGACAUAUGCUGCAGUGUGAUAGUAAAUGUUGUUCCUCAGAGUGGAGUUUCCAGUAGAGCGGCUUUGUUGUUCAUGAAAAUUGAACAUCCAAAUCGAAUUAGCUGUCAAAAUGGUUUUAGCUUCCACUUCUUCUUCGUAGAAACGCCCCGUUUGCUGCUCUUUUUUGGGGCUAAUUGAUGCUGAAAUAAUAUCGAUUCAACAUAUGCAUGAUCACGCAUGGAGGCGUUUACGUUUCCCAUCCAGGAGUAAAAAUCUGCGUCUGUGGAGCGGCGUUAAUUCUGUUUGAAGUCCUGGAUCGUGUGUCUAUAUUCAGAAAUAACCAACAAGUCCGAGAGUCGUGAAUUUCUCGAGUAGGCGGCUGCAGAACCAGCGACUAUGGCCGGUUCAUGAUAGGACAGUACGAUUAAUCGAUUUUAAAUCAUAAUUGGAUUAUUUGAUUAUGACGAUGUUAAAAAAUUAAAAUCGUCAAAUCAAUUUUCCUCUCUAUCAUGUCUCGCUCCCCCUGCCCACACACACUAGUGUAAACAAACAUGGCGUUUGAAAAAGAAGGCAAGUUCUUGGUUAGAUUUUGUGGUUAAAUAGGACAAGAGCGAGUCAGUCGUGUUGAAUUGGUACGACUUCACAGUUUCAGAUGAAGAGUAAACCACUCCCCGCUGUAAAGUCUGUCUGAAGGCGGUAUCAACCCGUCACCAUGGAAACGAAUUCAGGAGGAAACGCUAAAGUUUUUUGUUGUAUCUGUGUUUCAUCCACACGGAAACGGUGUUUCAGGUGACUGUAAACGGUACUUUUUGAAAACGGGUCAGAGAGUGAAUAAAUCUGUAAACGACGACCAUUUUAUCUCUGUGUGGAUGUCUAUCUGCAUCUCUGGAAAUUAUCAUGUGUGUGUCUGGCUAAAACAACCUUUACACACAUGCUCUGUACUCUUCUUCAGCGUUACAGCGCCACUUACAGGCUUGGCACAUGCACUACAUUGUUUUCAGUGGUUUAGUUUUGAGAGAUGAUAGAAAAACUUUAGCUGUGUCAAAAAUGCCUGUGUAGGCGACCCCUGUUGGCGCCAUUUUGAGGGGUGUCAGAAACCUGAGUUAUCGAUUCCAAUGCCCCAUAUAGGCGACUUAAGAAUGUAGUGACCAUCCGAUGGUCACUCACCGGUGUGGGCAUCCCGUCAUGAGUUGUGUCACCAGUGGCAAUUCAAAGAUGGAGAUGACGAGAGCAAGAAGAGACCGAACCCGAGCUUUAGUCACCAUUUUCAGGGCAAGUUUUUUAUCGUCACUUCACUCCAGGUGAUCCGUACAGUUUUCAAAAAACAAUUGUUUGCUGCGUCAUAUACUCUUGUGCACAAUAUGACCCAGCAAAUAAUAUUCGACACAAAAAUGUAAGGCCUUUUAAAUAGAUUAUUAAUUUAUUUUACAAAUCCAUCUAUACAACAUCAUAAAAUUCAAGAGAUGUGAAAACAACAGCCGCAAGUUCAGACGCCGGCAGUCUGAGCAGUGACAUCACAACGGUUCGCCAUGGAGUGUCGGAAACCUCCAGUGUUUGAGCUCACGACAUCGUCAGAUAUAUAAUGAAACCCCAUAUGGGGGUUAGCAGGGAUCGAGUGAUUGAUUUCGGACACAGCCGUUUUAUUUUUAAAGAGAAGUUUGUUGAAGUUGUCACUGAAUAAAAAAUCAAAAUCUUUUAGACGCAUCCAGUUGAAGUUUGUUUAUCAAAAGAUUUAUUUUUCAUUUCCUACUUAAAAUGAUAUCCAGUAUUUUUGAAGCGAGGUUAAAGGAGUUACACGACUCAAACAAGUUAUUUUAGCCACAAUAGACGCCGGUUUAGCUCCGCCCCUUUAAUGAGAAACUAGGCCUCGUAUUUAAGCGAACCUUUAGAGACUCUGACCUGAGCGCUCAUCUCCGUUUACGCUCCACUCGACAUUUUUACAGCGUUUUACCGUCAGACACGACACGUCCACGCUCUUCCCUCGCGGCGCUCCGAUCAGCUGUUCGGUCUGAGGGAGAGACUUUCAAUUUAAUCUUACGGGGGGCCUGAAGUGGAGCUCUUGAUCCCUCCUGCAGAAAGGGGCUCCUGUUAUUAAGCCUGAGUGUUUCAGUCGGAGGUGAUGGGAGCAGCAGGUCAGACCCUCCCCACAGAGAGACGUGAAGAAGGGGGUGUUCAAUCUGUUAUUUCCCCUCGGACUCAGUUGGUCUGAGACAGAGUGGAGCAGAAAACAGGAAAAAAAACAGCCGUGAUUGGAUUGAGACAGAAACCAGCUGAGGAUCGGGGAGUGGGGGGGGGUCUGCAGAUAACUACAGACUGGAUGGUAUCAGAGGUCUGCGAGACAAAAAGAGACACUUGUUCAUGUCCACCAUCAGACAUGAGACCCUGAGGAGGACCUGCUCAGGUCCGGCGUGUGUCUAAAUCCCAGUUUUAAAAUAACUCAGGACUGUCGGUUAGAUCCACGUCUUUCAGGUUUAAAAGCAGAGAUUGUGGUCGUGACACGGUAGGAGGAGGAGGUUUCAGGAGUUUGGACAGAGGUGGACAGAGAGGUCAAACCUCCAGAAUCAGAGUUCAUCUAAAAGCUGAAACAGGUUUCUCUAUAAAUACGGACGAGUUUUGAGGUCGAUCUGCUGCACAGAUCUUUGAUUCUGAAAGACGAGUUCAUCUGUAAUAAAAUCUAGAUUUAACAGAUCUAUACUUUUUCACCACCAGCUGCUGGAGCAGGCUUCUGUGUGUCUUAUGUCUGUGUUGUUGUCCAGACAGACACAUAUAAACUAUAUAAAAGAUGGAUUUACUGUCCUGGCAGGCUUAUUUUCACCUCCUCAUAAAGAGCUGCAGUGUUACCACCUGUCAGUCAAGUCAGCUUUGCCUCUGAUUCGUUAAUCUCCUAACCUUAAUAUCUUCAAAACAAAAAUUCACUCUCGUUCAGCCUUCAGAUAUUUAGACCAAAACCUUUCUUUUAGUUUCUGAACCAAGCUUUAAAAGUUUUUAUUUAUGCUCUGAAAAUGAACUUUUUUAAACUGGUGUGUAUGUGGUCUUUGGUAGUUCUGCAGUCAGCCUCUAGUGGACAUUCUGGGAACUGCAGUUUUUGGCACUCCUGCAUCGGCUUCAUCUCUCAAGACUUUGAAGUUGCCCCUCGGUGUAGAAAAAGUCUGUAUUUGUGUGGAAGUAACUUAAAGAAAUUAUCAAAAAAUAACGACUUUUUAUCGGCUAAAACUAAACCGAUACUCUGAGCUGAAGUCCAGAUUAAAAGGUCUAAAACAAACGUCUGAAAACAACAUCUCCUCUCCUCACAGUGACUCUAAAUCUGUUUAUUCACUUUAGUUUCUCUGACUUUCAGGCGCUCUCUGAACUUUUCAGACGUUUCUCUGUCUCACCUCACCUUUGCUUUGUCGGUUUAAUUAUCGAUAUAAUUAUCAGAAGACCCUAAAAUGUGUCUGAAUCCAACGGAGGAUUUCAGAUGACCCAGGAUAAGAUAUUAAAGGUGGAGGUAAAGUAAAAAAAACGAUCACCUUAAAGACUCGUGUCGUCCCGUGAAUCCCCGACCUCCUGACCUCCGUCUGCGCUCGGCUCUAACCUAAAGGAAGAUGUCACCUUAAAUCCGUCUGCGGGAUUGAAAUCCUCCCACCCUGAAGACUUGAAAGGUGGCGCUGCCUCCCAUAAGCAGCAGAACAAAUCCAAUUGGAGUCUUUGUCAUCCAGCUAAGCUUGAUUGACUCUCCUCUUUCUCUCUUUGAAGUCAUUCGCUCUCUCUGGUGUCUGCAGACGGGAAGAAACACAGACUCACAUUAACCUCUUUUUCUCUCUGAAAGCUUUUACUCAAACUCCAAACAACAUUUCUCUUUUUCUGACCGACUCUUUUCCUCGAAUUAAAGUAAAGACUCGGUUAUAAUUGAAAAAUGAUUCACGUCAGUCAUCCUCGUUUUUCUUCAGUCUCCUCUUUGACCUCGUCGGCUCAGUCACACCUCGGUAACAGCGGAGUAACAGCUUCGACAGGAAGUGACCCCCUCCUCCCUUCUCUCUCUCUCUCUCUCUCUCUCUCUCUCUCUCUCUCUCUCUCUGCAGGUGUGGAUGUGCGGUGGUCGGAUGGAGGACAUCCCUUGCUCCAGGGUAGGACACAUCUACAGGAAGUACGUCCCCUACAAAGUUCCUGGUGGGGUCAGUUUGGCCAGGGUGAGUCUCACAUGGUCUUUACAGCAUACAUGUUCUUUUUAAAGGGAUAUUCCACUAUUUUUUAAACGAGUUAGGGGCUCAACUCAACUGAGAUCCUCCAACCAGAGCACUCAUCUCAGUUUGUUUUUAGACUCCAACAUCUGGUCACAGAAAACAUAUUUUUCAUCUUAAUCUUGACUAAAACUACAGAGGGUUAAAUCUUGGUUUUAUUUCCUGCAUCAUGUCAACAUUAAAGGAUGAAUAUAGAAUUUUGUUUUCAUGACAACUCUCUGAACACGUCAUCGUCUCUGAAGACAAAAUAGGUAACGCCACAGAAAAAAGGGGGCCGCGUUAGAAACGAAACAACCGUAACUUCAGAGAUCAUUUAGAGAGGGAUCUGAGGAGACAGGGCAAAGGUCGUUUUAGGGGCUAAUCAGGGUGAAGAUAUAAGAGACUUUUGACAUUUUCAUGUUUUAUCCAAUCAGAAAAGAGCGUUUCACAAAGUCAGGUGAUUUUUUUAUUUAUUUUGAGUUAAAUGGAGUUGAGAAAAACCGCUCGCCCCGCUCUGUAACGGUCCAGGUAGGUCAUCCAGAGUCAUAAACCAUGACUUCAGCGGGUUAGCCCCGUCAUCAUCUUAUUUAUCCGAUCUUCUUUUACCUUUUGAGUCAGGUGGAGUUCUCAGGUCUUCAGGAAGUUCUCUGUUAACAUUAUUACCUAAAGUUAAAACUAAAAUCAAAACGCUGAGACAUCUUUUUAUUUCUACGGCCUCCGUCUGUGGAACAGCUGACCUGGAGACCUGAGGACUGAAACUGAUCUGAAUGACUUUAAAACCAAACUCAAAACGUAACUUUUUAGUCUUUCUUUUAACUAAAUUUUAUAUCAUUAACUUUAAGUGUUUAAGCAUUUAUCCCUUUCUGGUUUUAAUGACAGGAUCGUCUUUUAAUGAGCUGUUUCGGUGCCCUUAUCUUGAGUUUUAAAAUGGCGUUUCCUCAGCGCGCACAUUCCUGUUUCCACAGAAUCAAGCCUAAUGAUGUUUCUGUCACAUUUAGAUCGUGGGAAUGAGGGGUCGGGGUAGAUUUGGGUUUUCUUUGUUUCUUUUAUUCCUUUUUUCUGUGUGAAGCACUUUGUGCUACAUGGUCGUGUAUGAAAAGUGCAGUAUAAAUGAAGACUGACUGAUCAUGAACACAAACAAACAAAGGUUAGCAGAUGUGUCCUGAUGGAUGCUUCGACAGCGUUUUCUUCUCUUUCUUCUCUCUGUCUGUUUCGUUGUUUCGAAGAUCGCAGAUUAGACGAAGUUCUGCUGCUAAAUGAUCGUGUCGCUCAUGCAGGUGGCUGCUGGACCGUUUCCACUCCGCUGACAUUUUAGCCGUGGGGUUCCUGACGCUAAUGUAACAGAUUGUUUGUGCUUUUGACUUUGAACCACAUGUCCCUGGAGAGUUGCCGUAGGCUGUUGCAAAGCGGUUACUGUCACAGUCCCAGUCUGUGCACGUGUGUGUGUGUGUGUGUUCUAUCUGUGGCUCCAGUUUGAUAUCCUCUAUAUGCUUCUGUUAUUGAGCUCAGGCAGGUGAACCUAAAACACUCCGCUGUGAGGAGAGGAGGCGCUGUGUGUGAUUUAUAAGUUGUGUUUUCAGUUGGAUUCGGUGCCGCAGCAGCAGAGCAUGCUGGGAAAUAGACCAGAAAGCCCCCUUUACGUGUGGAUACCUUUAGUCCAGACAGCAUGGAGGGAGAUGUAGCUACUGAACUCCACUUUACCUGGAGAGGCUGAGUUUGGCUGCAGGCAACGAGAGGAGCUACAAAGAGUGGCUCUGUGUGUGUGUGUGUGUGUGUGUGUGUGUGUGUGUGUGUGUGUGUGUGUGUGUGUGUGUGUGUGCGUGUGUGGCUGCAGGCGUUUUUCCUCCACAUCUGUGCCUCCAAAGACCAGAGGAUUUGUAUUUAUUCUAUUUCUGGAAGGCCUACCGGGCCGCUCCUCCGCUCGGUCUCAGCGUCCGGUCCUCCUCGGCUGCUUCCAUCUGUAUUCUCAGACAUGCAGCCGGACCUCAGAGGCUGACAGGCUCAGUGUUUUUAUUCCUUUACACCUCAGAGGCUGCUGAUAGAUGGAUUUCCCAUCGCUCUGCUGUAAAUCUUUCAUGUUUGCUAUGGUCUGAACAUAAAGAGGCGGCUGAAGAUGCUGUCUGCACUGCGGCUGCCGCUGCCAACAGUUUCUGUGAGUGGUCUCUCUCUUGUUGUCUUUAGUUUGAAAUUUGAAGCUUUCAUUAAGAAUAAGGAGUCAAAUAAAGAGAGGCUUCAUAUUUGGGUAAAUAGUCUGCAGAGUUUUACAUCAGGGAUUUGACUUUAGUCAGAGUCGGACCCCCCUGAUUAGUCGAUUUGUGGUUGAAAAUUUCAGGGUUUUAGUCGACCAAGAAUUUCUUUGGUUGAUUACAGCCCAAGAAACUAGUUCCAUCAAUAAGCUGUUGUGUAAUUUUUAUAUAUUUAACGUCGUACAUUUCUGUUUAUGUCUCUCUCUAAAUAUUCAUCAUCUUAGUCUAUUUUCACUAAUGUUAUAAAAGGACGUUUUUGAAGGAUGUCCUCUAGCGGCUAAUUUCCAACACGUUUAAAUCGAAAUUAGACAAUCCGACUGAUCUAAAGUGAAAAAUACUCAGGAAACUGUCUACAGGAGUUAAACGAUACAGAUUUUUAUUAAUUUACAAGAUUAAAAAAAAAAACAUUUGGAGCCAAAAUUCAGUAACUGGAAUUUUACAAAUUUGACUUAAACUCUUUUAUCAAAUGUCAAACUAAAACAGGAGUUAAGUUACUCUUACAUGACGUCUGUGUAGGUUUUCAUUCAUCCAGGUAGGGCUGGGCGAUAUAGCCUCUAAUCAAUAUCAUGAUACAUUGAUCAGUUCACCUCGAAAGGAAUGAUAAUUACUCCACAAGCUGCUCACCCCCUCCCACAUUAACUUCGUCUACUUCAGCCGCUCCAACUUUUGAACCGUCCUCCAUCUCCUCACCUGUCUUUCCCUCUUUGUUACAGACUGGAUGGGGUGGAGUCACGUCUCUGAUGUAGGACAGCGUCUUAAAGGGACAUGAGACCAUAGCCUACCUACACACAUCCAAAAACAACUUUGAUUUAUAUACUUGUUUUUUUGACAACAAAUAUACCAAUAAUAGCUAAAUGAUGGCGGUUAUUGUCGUAAAUUUUGGUAUCAUUAAAUUUUCAGUUUAUCGCCCAGCCCUACAUCCAGGUCAUGGUUAUUAAAUUCUUCAUUAAAAUGGAGUCUGGAUCUCACUCUGAAGUAGAUCUGUGUGUCGUCGGCGUAGGAGUGGAGGUUGAGACUGUAUUGACGGAUGAUCUGUAGAUCAUGACGAGGAGGGGCCCGAGCACAGAGCCCUGAGGAACGCCAGGAUUGACUGUCAGGCUAAAGUGAAAUCAGUUCAGAAAUGAAGCGAACCGCGUCUGCUCACUGAUUCAGUUUGAUCCUGUAAACGGCUCCAUGUGUCACAGCGAACACGUCAAAGAGGAAUAACGAGGACAGACACAAUCAGAAGCUUUUGGUCUUUCAUGAAGCCCCUCUGUAUCUUCAGCACAUAAUUGAGUUGACGAGGGACCCGUUGCUCCUGUUUUUCAUCUCUGGCCCUCUGGGACACAUUGACUACAUCAUAGAGGUCCUGUGUGACAACAAGCCGCCUUUCAGCUCAGCCGCUUUGAUCAGUUUGUCAUGUCGGAUCAGUCGAAACAUCAAGGAUGGAAAGAUGUACGAUUAUGAUCGCUCGGUCUGCGUUCAAACGGAGACAUGAUAUCCAGGAGCAGAAAGAUCCGCCAACAGUCGACUUUUAUUUUUUAGACUUUUUACUAUCGGAGAAAAGAGUCAUCAGACAUCAGAGUUCAUCAGGUUUUACUCUAAAUCACAACAUUUAAAUCUUUAUUUCCACUGUCAGUGAUUUUCUGUGUUUGUCUCUGAUUUCAGAACCUGAAGCGGGUCGCAGAGGUGUGGAUGGACGAGUACGCCGAAUACAUCUACCAACGUCGACCGGAGUACCGCCACCUGUCGGCAGGAGACAUGACUGUUCAGAAGGAGCUGAGGAACAACCUCAACUGUAAGAACUUCAAGUGGUUCAUGUCCAAGGUGGCCUGGGAUCUGCCCAAACACUACCCACCUGUGGAGCCUCCUGCUGCAGCCUGGGGAGAGGUACGAGUACGAGCGUUCAUGGAGAGGGAGAGGAAGUGGUUUUAUUUAUUUGACUUUUAAAGAGUGAAGAGGGCCUCAGUUUACAGAUGAUUAAAUACAUAGAGGGCACUUUGUUUACAGUUUAUAUACAUUAAAGCAACCAGGAGGGUACUUAAGUUACAUUUACUCACUAAACUAGCAACCAAAGAGCAUUUAGUUCAUAUUUUAUCUACAGAAAAAGCACCGAGAAGGUAGUUUGUUUACACUGUAAGGGCGCCCAGAGGGUACUUUUUUAUGAAUGAACAACCAGCAGGUACUUUGUUUACAUUUUAUUUACUAAAAGUGUAUUUAAAGGGACCUUUGUUUACAUUUUUACCUAUUCAAAAGCAACAAGCAGCACUUUGUUUACAUUUGAUCAACUGAAAGAGAAACCAGAAGACACUUUGUUUACGGCCUAUUUUCUAAUAUGCAACUAGAGGGACCUUUGUUUACAUUUUCAUGCAGUUCAAAAACAACCAUCAGCCCUUUGUUUACAUUUUGAUCACUAAAAAGGUAACCGUGGACCAGAGGGCACUUAAUUUAUAUUCCAGUCACUAAAGAGACCAUUGUCUGACACUUUGUUUACAUUUAAUCCACUGAAAGAGAAACCAGAAGGCACCUUGUUUACAUCUUACUUUCUAAAUAAGCAACUAGAGGGAUCUUUGUUUACGUUUUAUGUACUUAAUAAGUGGAACUCAUCUAACAUAAUUUAUUUAAAAAAACAACCUCUGGGGACUUUGUUUACAUUUUAUUCACUUGAAGAACUACAGAGAGGACUUGGUUUACAUUUUAUUUAUUGAUUUGCAUUCAAGUCAUAUGAUUUUCUGAAUAAGUAUGAACGCACUCUUUGUUUACAUGACUCACUGAAAAAAGCAACUAGAGAGCACUUAGUGUUUUAUUUACAUAAAGCAAUCAGAAGGCACUUUAUUUACAUUUGUUCAUUUGUUUACUAAAUAAGUGACUAUUGUGUGUUUUGUUUACAUUGUGUUCACGGACUAAAGAGUGAAAGAGAAAACACUUUAUUCACUUAAUAAAUAACUAUGAAAAUCAUAGUUUAUGAAAAUAUCCCAGUUUGUAGAACAUGAAUCAGCAAAACCCAGAUGACCCUGGAGUACGAGCUGCAGUUUAAAGGGACAUUUCAGCACUUUCAAAGUGAUGAAGUUUGAUUUACAUUCAAAAUGAACAAAAUUACAUUGAAAAUUCACCAAAACUAGUUAAAAUCAGCGUUUAGUUUUUGACAUUCAAAAUGAACAAAAUUACAUAGAAAAACCAUCAAAACUAGUCAAAAUCAGGGUUUAAUUUUUGACGUUUGAAGUUAUUCUCUCCACAGUUUCAGACUUGAACAUCUCAGUCCUCAUGUUUUCGCUCGUGUUUUUCCCUGUUUGUCCUUCAGAUUCGUAACGUGGGCAGCGGCAUGUGUAUGGAGAGUAAACACUUUGUGUCGGGGAGUCCGAUCCGCCUGGAGAGCUGCUCCAAGGGACGGGCAGAGGUCAGCUGGAGCCAUGGACAGGUGAGAAGAAACCCUAACCCUGAGGACUUUACAGAGGGGGAGAUUUUCACACACACUCACACACAUACACACACACACACACACACACACACACAGACACACACUCUCUCUGAACUGCUCCAUUAUUUUUGCAUUGGGCUGCAGGAGUCUGUUUGUUCUGGAAACGUCACGUUGACGAUCUUUAAGCCGAGCUCAUAACACAGCCUUAAUGGAUUGGAUGUCCUGCUCUGUUUCUGCAGCUGAAAUACUGCAACACCGAGCUCUGACACUUUAAUUGCUUUAAUCUGAAGAUGCAUUGUAGUUUAAUCUGUGUCACAGUUGCGAUCUGUUUCCAGUGCCAGCGAGAAAUGGAUUCGCCGUAAAUCACUGGAGGCUCUCUGGCAGCUGUCCUUGUCCGGGCUUUUUGACUCUGCAGAAAACCGGCGAAGGAACUUAUUGGAAGCGGCGGUUUUAUAGAUGUUUGAGUUUUUUAUAUACUGACAGAGAGCAGAAAAGAUCGAAAUGGAGUUAAAGGAUCUUCCCUGAAAAAGUCUUUGUCUGGAUGUCAGCAGAUGUUGCUCCUAAACCUGGAGAUAUUGUUUAAAACUGAGGAUGCAGCAUCUAUGUUUCCAGUUCUUCGUUGAAAGGACAACUGGACUUACUUGGGACGUUUCGCCUUGGGCCAAGUAAGUCCAGUUGUCCUUUCCAAAGAGGUUAGAUUUUGGUUCACCAGACUUAAGGACAGUUCACAGACAAGUGAUAUUAAGCCCAUGCAGUGACUCCAACUACAGAGUCCUGACGCUAUUUCUUUCGAUGUUAUUACGUACAUAGAUGAUCAGAUCUUCAAAUCUUCAAACCGUCAAAUCGGGUUCAUGAUCAUUUAACUCAGCCCUGUGUUUCUACAGGUUUUCACUUUCGGCUGGAGAGAGGACAUCCGGGUGGGCGACCCCAUGCACACGAAGAAGGUCUGCUUUGACGCCAUCUCCAACAACAGUCCCGUCACCCUGUACGACUGUCACGGCAUGAGGGGGAACCAGCUGUGGCGCUACAGGAAGGUACAACCACGGACCACGAGUUAGACCUCCGAGAGAUGAAUGUUGUCGACCGCUUGCUUCUCUAGUUUUACCAACUUUAGUAACGACUGCAGGAUAGUAAUACAGAGAGACACGCGCUCAAUCAAAACGCCACUCUAUAGCCACAAAUAAUGCUCAGAACAGCACCUAACUUCAUCAACAGGACAUAUAGGGUCACAGACAUAGUACUAGACACCAAACAUCUUUUUAACUUUGACUCAUUUCUUUAGCAAAGAGACUAAACACAACUCACCUACUCUCUUCCAGCAGACGCUUGUUUGUAGUGAGACCUCAGGCCAGUCCAUUACGCACUACAGCGGGGUGCCGCAGCUCAAGGAAGAACAUUUAUGAUCAUUUCUUUAUCGUUUCCUUGAAGUAAUAAUCACCAUAUUAAUCAUUUUGCACUGCAGACGCGGUAGUUCUUCUGACUUAAAUGUUGAUGCAUCAAAAUCAAUAGUUUUAUCAAUUAUUGACAAAGUCAGGGCUGUUAGAUAUUUAUCAAAAAUAUUUCACUUUGCACCUCAUUUUUGGAAAUAUUGAAUAUUUUGUGUUUUUCCCAUUAAAAAUUCUCAUGACAAAAAACACAAAAACUUAAAAACUAACAAAAACUUAUAAUAAACUUUAUAUCUAUGGAUAGGUCUGAAGUUGUUGACAAGAUGUGAUGCUUUAAAAGUAAAAAAAUAUAUCAAUGUAUGAUGUUUUUACUGCACUUUUACGAGACGGACCGUUUGUGUACACGAGGAUAACAAGUGUCAGUACAUUUUUACGGGAUGCACAAGAGUUAAAGUAAUGUUUCAAAAAGACGAGAGCGAUUAUCCAAAGUUGUUGACCAGGUCUAUAAAUUUACUGUUCAGCUCUUUUUAGACUGAUUGAAACCGGUUUUUGUCAUUUUAGGUGCUUUUUAUUCAAAUUAGGAAAGUUUGGAGGGUUUUAAGUGUCGAAUCUCAGAACACGACGGUAGUUGACCUUAAAAAGGUUGUGGGUUCGAGUUCACAAAGUCACGUCUGGUCCUUUAAUUCUGGAGGUUUUUGAAACUCAUGAAGUUAAAAGUUCUUCCUGUCUCUCUGCUCCUCCAGGAUAAGAGUCUCUUUCACCCCGUCAGUCAAAGCUGCAUCGACUGCAACCCGACCGAGAAGCGGAUCUUCAUGAACACCUGCAACCCGUCCUCCCCGACCCAGCAGUGGCUGUUUGAGAAAACCAACGCCACCGUCCUGAAGCGCUUCAACCGGGACCGCGACUGA